GCGCGGGCUCACCACUAUCCGCUAACUAUUCGCAAUCGACCGACGUCUUGGUUGCUGGACUUGGGUUAUAAUGACUUGACUUCUGCUAAAUGAACCCGUGGACUAGUAUAAGAAUUUCGAAGUGGCGUUAUUAUUUAAUUUUGGGAGCGCGCCGAAACGACCUCUGUUGAGAUAGAGGACUUGCAGCGUCGAGUGAGAGUUUUUUUGUGUUCGUGCUGGAGGAGCAGCGGGCGGCGAUGGAGAAGCAGUCGCGCUGGUCGGAGCAGCGCGUGGAGCAGCGCGUGGAGCAGCGCGAGCAGCGCACGCAGCAGCGCACGGAGCAGCACUUCACGCGCCAGCUGGUGACGCAGCAGCGGGUUGAGAGAUCAGGGGAGCACUUACCGAUCACUUCAGGUAGGGCUGGCGACCCUUCACCGCCCAUUUUCGAACAGAUAUUCAAGAAUGCAAGAUUCGCACAAGGAGGCAAUGCUAAAUUCGAAGGAAAACUUAGAGGGAACCCCACUCCUGUCGUAUCGUGGACGAGGAAGAAGGCCCCCUUAGUAGAAUGCAAUAAGUAUAGUAUGAGUUACAAUGAGCAGACAGGGGACGUGUCCCUGCUGAUCAAGCAGAUCGGGCCCGGCGACGAGGGCGAGUACACCUGCACGGCCCGCAACCAGUACGGAGAGGCGAUCUGCUCCGUCUACAUCCAGCCGGAGGGCGUGGCGCUGCCGGCGCAGCAGUCGCACGCGCAGAGCAGCUACAGCCACCACAGCGAGACUGUCCAACACAAAGCGUAUGCCACGCAACAAGGAUACUCUUCCGAGCAAAGUCGCCAGUCCCAACAGAAGACUUCCUACACUAAUGGAGCAGACUCCAUUGAAGAUUUUAAGGUGGACACGUUUGAAUACAGAUUAUUAAGGGAAGUAUCUUACAGGGAAACAAUAACACGAAGGUACAUUGGAGAAACUGACGUCCAGAUCUCAACAGAAAUCGACCGAACAUUGGGCCCAGUUGCGCCGCCGAAGGUAGCGCAGAAACCACGCAACUCCAAAUUGCAGGAAGGUGCUGAUGCCCAAUUCCAGGUCCAACUGUCUGGUAAUCCCAAGCCUCGUGUCACGUGGUUUAGAAAUGGACAAAGAAUAGUCAACUCGAACAAACACGAAAUUGUAACUACUCAUAAUCAAACUACACUUAGAGUGAAUAAUACACAGAAAAGUGAUGGUGGCCACUACACAUUAUUGGCUGAAAAUCCUAAUGGAUGCAUUGUUACAUCGGCAUAUCUUGCUGUAGAAUCUCCUCAAGAAACAUAUGUGCAGGAUCACAAAUCUCAGUAUUUAAUGGAUACUCAACAAUUACAGACUGAAGAAAGAGUAGAAGUAAAUGAAAAAGCUCUCGCUCCGCAAUUCGUAAAGGUCUGCCAAGACCGUGACAUCACGGAAGGUAAGAUGACGCGAUUCGAUUGCCGCGUCACAGGCAGACCUUACCCAGAAGUUACGUGGUUCAUUAACGAUAAACAAAUUAUAGACGAUUAUAAUCAUAAGAUCUUAGUCAAUGAGUCAGGAAAUCACGCUCUUAUGAUUACAAACGUACAACGAAGUGAUAGUGGUAUGGUGACUUGUAUAGCACGAAACAAGUCAGGCGAAGCAUCGUUCCAGUGUCGGUUGAAUGUUUUGGAAAAGGAACAAGUGGUUGCUCCAAAAUUCAUCGAACGCUUCAGCACAUUAAGUGUACGCGAAGGAGAACCAGUUUCGCUUAAUGCUCGUGCUAUUGGCACUCCCAUACCAAGGAUUACAUGGCAGAAGGACGGUGUCCAAGUUAUACCCAAUCCAGAAUUACGAAUCAACAUCGAGGGUGGAGCCUCGUCGCUGGAUAUUCCGCGAGCCAAGGCGUCGGAUGCGGCAUGGUAUCAGUGCACAGCCCAGAACGUCGCAGGUUCCACCGCUACUCGGGCGCGGCUCUACGUGGAAGUACCGAAAGAGCCGCCUCCAGAGCAGAAGCGUCUGCAUCUACCGCGCCCAACCAGAAUUAUCGAACCAGAGCCAGCGCCUGGUCCAGAAGUGAUUUACUUAAGGCACGUAGAAAGGGCACGACCUUACAUUCCUCAGGGUGAGGAAGACCGGGUUUAUCCUCCGCCACAGUUUAUUGUGCCCCUUCAGAGCAUAACGCAAAUGGAAGGUGGUAAAGUACACUUUGAAACCAGGAUAGAGCCUGUUGGCGACCCAACUAUGAAGGUAGAAUGGUUGAGGAACGGAAGAAGCAUCGAAGCAAGUUCAAGGUUUACAUCAAUAUUCCGAUUUGGAUACAUUUCAUUAGAUAUGCUCAGCAUCAACUUGCAAGACAGUGGUGAAUACACUUGCAGAGCAAUUAGCGCUACCGGUGCCGCUGAGACUAAAGCUGUGCUACAAGUCACACCAAGAGCGGUUAUUGAAAGAACUAGCCAACAUCCUGAAAGUUUGCAGUACAUCCAACAGUUAGAAGACUACUCGAGGUAUCAACACCAAGAGUCAGUCGAGGAACUUAGUUUGCAGAGGCCUCAGUUUAUAAGGCCACUACAUGAUCUUGGUGAAUUCCAAGAAGGUAGGAAUGCGCAUUUAGAAGCACAAAUCACUCCCGUCAGUGACCCUACAAUGAGAGUAGAAUGGUACAAGGACGGCAGGCCGAUCACAGCGAGCUCGCGAAUCACGUCAAUCUUCAACUUCGGUUACGUCUCCCUUAACAUCAUGCACCUACGGGCUGAAGAUGCAGGUUCGUACACAGUGAGAGCUGUGAACAAGGCCGGUGAAGCUGUUAGUACUGCCAACAUCAAGGUAGCGGCUAGAAGCACAGUUACCGGAGAUCUCGGAAUACCUGAACAGCGACGAUACAUUGAAAAGACUGAACAGUUAGAAGCUUAUCAGCAACAACAGCACCAAAAGUAUUAUCAGGAAAUGCCUGAGAGCACACAAAGACCUGAAUUCAAAACUCCCAUCAAGGAUCAAAUUAACAUUAAAGAAGGAGGUUUUGCACACUUUGAAGCCCGUCUUGAACCAGUAGGAGACUCUACUCUGAGGGUCGAAUGGUUAAAAGACGGUCGCCCAGUUGAGGCAAGUUCCAGAAUCACAACAUUCUUCAACUUUGGAUAUGUAGCAUUGACAAUUAAGUCUGUAACCAUACACGAUGCUGGUCAUUACACGUGUCGUGCAUACAAUUCCUUAGGCCAGGCAACAACUAGUGCUCAUUUAACUAUUGUUACCAAGAAAGACAUAAUUGCAGAAUCACAACAUCCAGGUGGUUAUGAAAAGAUACAACAUCUUGAAGAUGCUAGUAAGUACUCCAAGAGGACUGAUGAAGAAGUAAGAGUAACACAAAAGCCACGAUUUUUGGGCCCACUCAAGGGAACAAACAAAAUUGUAGAAGGACAAAGCGCACAUUUUGAAGCGCGAGUAGAACCACAAAGUGAUCUCACAAUGACAGUAGAGUGGUACUUCAAUGGUAGACAGAUUACUACUGCCAAUAGAAUACAGACAUACCAUGACUUUGGUUAUGUCGCACUAGAUAUUUCAAGCGUACGCGCCGAAGACGCAGGGACAUACACAGUAGUUGCUAGAAACGCAGCCGGAGAAGCACAGUUAUCCGCUUCAAUGAUUGUUGAGACUCGUUCCAGCAUUGACACUUCCAGUAUUCAUCGAGGACUUUAUGAAAAGACCAGGCAAAUGGAGGAGUCUAAAUUCGUGGAACCCAUGUAUCAAAUUGAAGAGAUAUCGAAAUCAAAGCCAGUCUUUGUACAGCCUUUAUCAGAUCCUCAGCCCGUCUCAGAGGGUAAAAAUAUUCAUCUUGAGUGCAGAUUAGAGCCAAUGGGUGACCCUACAAUGAGGGUUGAAUGGUUCCAUAAUGGAAGAUCCGUUACCGUAGGAUCACGUUUCAGAACAUACUACGACUUUGGAUUUGUUGCAUUAGAUAUCAUUCAUGCAACAUCCACUGAUUCAGGAGAAUACACUGUCCGUGCUGUUAACCAUUUGGGUUCAGCACACACCUCUGCAAUGGUACGAGUAAUCGAAAGAUCUGAUAUAUUGACAGAAACACAAAACGAACAAUCUGUUGAGCAAAUACAAAUGCUUGAAGAUGCUGCAAGACGUAGCAGACAAGUACAGGAAGAUAUAACCGUCAUGCAGGCGCCACAAUUUUCAAGAGCCCUGCAUAAUAUUGAAACUGUUGAAGGUACUAAUGUACAUUUGGAAUGCCGUCUUCAGCCAGUUGGGGACCCAACCAUGAGAGUCGACUGGUUCUGCAACGGUCGGCCAAUUAAAACUGGGCACAGGUUUAGGCCAGCAUACGAAUUUGACUACGUGGCGCUCGACCUUUUGAGUGUGUAUCCAGAAGACUCAGGUGUUUACACAUGUCAAGCUACAAACCAGCUUGGUGAAGCAGUAACAUCUUGUGCUUUACGAGUUAUUGCUAAAAAGGAUUUGAUAUUUGAAUCACAGCACCCAACUGGAUUAGAAAAGAUUCAGUAUCUGGAAGAUGCAUCCCGUUACAAGAAAUCAGAAGUGAUUGACGAAUCAGUUAACAUUAAGCCACACUUCGUGACAAAACCAAAGUCGAUUGACAAUGUAGUGGAAGGCAACCACGUACACUUUGAAUGCAAGCUUGAACCAGUCACUGACCCGAACCUGAAGGUUGAAUGGUUUAAAAAUGGUCAGCCUGUCACUAUUGGACAUAGAUUUAGGCCGAUUCAUGACUUUGGCUACGUGGCUCUUGACAUAAUCGACCUAAUCGCGGAGGAUUCCGGUAUUUACACUUGCAGAGCCGUUAAUAUGAUGGGUACAGAUGAAGUAAGCUGCCGCCUGUCUUGCCGAGGCACUGCUGAUAUUGUAAGAGGUACACAAAAUGAGGCUGGGUUAGAACAAAUCCAGCACCUAGAGGACAGAUCCCGGUACCACCGUACUGAUGUCAUUGAUGAGAUGACAACGCAAGCACCAAUAUUUACAACUUCACUAAAGAACAUUGAAAUUAAGGAAGGGCAACGCGCUCACUUUGAGUGCAGAUUGAUUCCAGUAUCUGAUCCCACCAUGAAAGUAGAAUGGUAUCAUAAUAACAAACCUUUAAAGAGCGGAUCGAGAUUCACAGAAACAAAUAACUUUGGAUUUGUUGCUUUAGACAUUAUGUCAUGUUUGCCAGAGGACUCAGGUACCUAUACAUGCAGAGCAAUCAAUGCUUUGGGAGAAGCAGUUACGUCCGGAAUCGCUAUCGUACAUUCCAAAAAAUCCAUUUAUAUGGAGUCUCAACACGAAGGAGCGUUGCCAAGAUUGAACCAACUGGAAGAUACUUCAAGAUAUUCAAGACCUUUGUCUUCAGCUCAAGAACCUGAGUCUAUUACACAAGCGCCAGUUUUCACGAUGCCUAUGAAGGACAUCAGAGUAGCCGAGAACCAAGCUGCCCACUUUGAAGCUAGGCUUAUUCCUGUAGGAGACCCAAGACUACGAGUCGAGUGGCUACGUAACGGAGUUCCAAUUGAAGCUUCAAAUCGUCUGACAACUAUGCACGAUUUUGGAUACGUAGCAUUGAAUAUGAAGUAUGUAAACCCAGAAGAUUCUGGUACAUACACAUGCCGCGCAAUUAACGAACUUGGAGAAGCUGUAACAUCUUCUACAUUAUUCGUACAGUCUAAAGCAUCUUUACAAUUCGAGUCACAGCACGAGAGUGCAUUGGAGAAGAUUCAGCAACUGGAGGACACGUCGAGAUACACUCGACGGGAGGAGGUAGACAUGGACAUCAUCAACAUGCCACCUCGAUUCAUCACACAACUAAACGGACCUUCCAAGCUGAUCGAAGGCCAGAGCGCUCACUACGAGUGCCGCAUUGAGCCAUACCCAGACCCGAACAUGAGGGUAGAGUGGUACUUCAACGGAAAGGUACUGCAAAGUGGGCACCGAUACAGAACUGCCUACGACUUCGGAUUUGCAGCUCUUGAUAUCCUCACUGUAUACGGCGAGGACUCUGGCGAGUACACCUGCAAAGUAAUCAACAACUUGGGGCAGGCCACAUCGUCGAUCAAGUUGAACGUUCAAUCUAAGGAGUCUAUCAUACGGGACACGCAGCAUGAAAGCGCACUGGAAAAAAUUCAAUACCUAGAAGAUGACAGCAGGAACAGGCGUAUUGUUCGCGAUGAAAGCUUUAUUGCGGAAAAACCACAGUUCGGAAAGCCUCUAAAGAACGCUCAGGUAGCUGAGGGACACUUAGUGCACCUGGAGGCCACGCUGACUCCGGUCAAUGACCCUACGAUGCGUGUGGAGUGGUACUGCAACGGUACACCUAUUCAACAAGGUCAUAGAUUUAAGACCACAUACGACUUUGGAUACGUAGCCUUGGACAUACUGUACGCGUAUUCUGAAGACACCGGCACUUACAUGUGCAAAGCCACUAAUGCUGUCGGUGAAGCAGUAACUACAAGUUCUGUCAAAGUUGAUGCGAAAUCUGGUCUCUACUUGGAUACAUUGGAUGAACAAAGAUUAAAGAAGAUUCAAGAGUUGGAAAGCUAUGAAAGACCGAAAACAGUAGAAGAAGAGAAGCCUGGUCAGCGACCGGUAUUCUUAACUGCCCUGACAAGUCUUGAAAAUCUCAAGGAAGGUGACAGGGCUCACUUUGAGUGCAGAGUAGAACCCAUUAACGAUCCAGACCUAAAGGUUGAAUGGUUCCUGAACGGAAAGAAGAUCAGGGCCGGUCAUAGAUAUAGAACAACUCAUGACUUUGGUUAUGUUGCAUUAGACAUCCUGUACACAUAUUCUGAAGACUCCGGAACUUACAUGUGUAAAGCAACAAACAAACUAGGCGAAGCGGUUAACACAUGCACGUUGAAGGUUGCAGGGCACAGAAGCAUUAUUUUAGAUACUCAGCAUCCUAAUGGCCUUGAAAAGAUUAGGAAACUUGAAGCUCAAGGACACAGCACAAGGAUGGAAAUUGAAGAACCAACCAUCACUCCACCACUAUUUGUAACGGAGCUGAGGGGAACUACCCAUGUGUGCGAGGGCCAGACGGCUCACUUCGAAUGUCAAGUGGAACCGGUGCAUGACCCGAACUUGCGCAUUGAAUUCUACCACAAUGGUAAAGCCCUGCAAUCUGCUUCGCGAUUCCAUAUCACUUUUGAUUUUGGUUAUGUGUCUUUGGAUAUCCAGCACUGUGUGGCUGAGGAUGCAGGCGAAUACUCCGUCAAAGCUAUUAACGCUCUUGGACAAUGCACCUCUGCUAUAUCCAUGACAGUAACCGCAAAAGGCAGUAUUAUAAUGGAAUCUCAACGUCCUGAAGGAUUGGACAAAAUUCGAGAGUUAGAGUCUCACGAACCAUUCAAACGACCGGAAAUCCCAGAACCGGUUACACGACAGAGGCCAGUCUUUACACAGCCUUUGCAAAAUAUUGAUAACAUUAAAGAAGGCCAGACUGCUCAUUUCGACUGCCGCCUUAUUCCUGUUGGUGAUCCCACUCUUAAGGUAGAAUGGUUCAGAAACGAAAAGUUGAUUGAAGACAGCUCAAGAAUAACAAAGACUCACGACUUCGGUUAUGUUUCGAUGACAAUCACUCAUGUUCGUGACGAGGACGAGGGUGUCUACAUGUGCCGUGCCUCCAACUUGUUAGGAGAAGCAGUCACGACAGCAGCAAUGAAAAUAAAAACAAAUGCGGCCAUCCAAUUAGAUACCCAGCACCCUGAAGGAAUGAAACAGAUACAGCGGUUGGAGCAACCUCAGCGCGAACAUGCUGAACAACCAGAACGUGAAUUUGAGAAGCCAAUCUUUACCCAAGUACUUACUGGACCCUCUGAACUUUGGGAAGGGCAACAUGCUCACUACGAAGCCAGAGUGGUGCCUGUUGGAGACCCCAGCAUGCGCUUUGAAUGGUACAUUAACGGCGUGGAGCUCAAAAUGGGUUCAAGAUUCCGCACAACGCACGAUUUCGGAUUUGUAACUUUGGACAUAAACUCGGUAGUAGCCCAAGAUGCAGGAGUUUACAUAUGCAAAGCUAUAAACAGGGCUGGAAGUACAGUUUCAACUACUGCUCUGAAAGUUAAGACUAAAUCUACAAUUGUAGAUGAAGCCAUGAGGCCUGAGUCAUGGGAACAAAUUCAACUCAAAGAAGCUGCUAUGAACAAAGUCCCCGAGAUGUUUGUAGACACAUCCGUGCAACAAGCACCUAUCUUUACUACUCAUUUGAAGAGCUUUGACAAGCUUGUUGAAGGACAACAUGUCUAUUUAGAAGCUCAGGUAGAACCCAGGACCGAUCCAAACCUUAGGAUUCAGUGGUUCAAGAACGGAAUAUCACUAACCUCUGGUUCUAGAUUAAAGAGUGCCUUUGAUUUUGGUUUGGUAACAUUAUCCAUUAAUGGUUUGAGGAUUGAUGACUCAGGUAUUUACACAUGCAAAGCAACUAAUCUUAUGGGAGAAGCAGUAUCCACAGCUUCAGUCAAGAUUGAAGACCGUCAUUGGCUGCUUGGUGACUCAAUACACCCAGAAGCUUUAGAUAGAAUCGGGGCUUUGGAACAACCUAAGGGUACAAAACCUGAAACUCCAGAACCCGUAUAUGAAGUACCAGUAUUUAUUUCACAUCUCAAUAACAUCGUAUGCAAGGAAGGUGACAAUGUCCACUUUGAAUGCAAUGUGGAGCCAUCCAGAGAUCCAACACUGAAAGUUGAAUGGUUCUACAACAACAAGCCUCUUCCUUCUGGUUCAAGAUACAAGAGCGUGCACGAUUUUAGCUAUGUUUCUUUGGAUAUGGUUCACACUUAUGAGAAGGACUCCGGAAUAUACACAUGCAAGGCAACUAAUAGUAAGGGAUCUGCUACCACAUCUGGUUCACUAAGAUGCUCAGGUGACAAGAAUAUUUACUUAGACACACAGCACCCUCAAGGACAAGCUGGCUUAGAUGCUGUCGAACAGGCCGAAGAAGCUAGGGCUGCCAAGGGUAGAAAAUCAUCCCUUCCUGAUGCAGACUUCCCGAAACCAGAGUGGGUGGUCGAAAUAACUUCAGAACAGCAAAUUGUUGAAGGUCAAGCCCUGCACUUUGAAGGUCAAGUAGAACCUAAGAAUGAUCCUCACUUAACAAUUGAAUGGUACUUCAAUGGAAAAGCUUUGGAACAAGGAUCCAGAUUCAAACUGACAAGCGAUUUUGGUUUUGUAACGCUUGACCUUAUUGAUGUGUACGAACGGGACAGCGGAAUUUACACAUGCAAAGCAUACAACAAGAAAGGAGAAGCAUUCACUUCUUCUUCUGUGGUCUGUAUAACAAAGGAAGAUCUCAUCGAAAGAACACAACAUCCUAAGGGUACUGAAGGAUUAGAGAAGAUUCAGAACCUGGAAGAGUCUCUGAGGCGUGAGCCAGGACAAAAGCCUGAUGAUGAUUCCGGUAGAGCACCCGAAUUUGUUACAGUAUUCCAAGACAUUACAGAUAUAACUGAAGGUCAAAUAGCACAUUACGAAGCUUCCUUGAUACCUACUGGUGAUCAAAGCAUGGUCAUAGAAUGGUUCUACAAUGGCAAAUGUAUUGAAGCAAGCCAUCGAAUUCGAACAGUUUAUGCGUUCGGUAUGGUUGUUUUAGAAAUACUGGGAACUAAGAUUGCUGAUUCAGGUAUAUAUUCUUGUCGAGCUACUAACAAGUGGGGACAAGCUGAAAUCAGUGUAAAAUUAGAAUGCGUAGACAAGAGCAAAGGACAGAAACCCAAGUUCACAACACAGAUUCAAAAUAUAGCUGGACUAAAGGACGGGCAAUCGGCUCACUUUGAAUGCACAGUUGUGCCAGUCGAUGACCCAGAAUUAAAGAUAGAAUGGUACCAUAAUGGCCAACCUCUCCGUCACUCGAAUAGAAUAAAAACUGUGUCAGACUUCGGUUUCGUAGUUUUAGACAUAGCUUACACUCAAAAUCACGAUGCUGGCGAAUAUGUCUGCCGUGCAUACAACAAGUAUGGAGAAGAUUUCACAAAAGCUACCAUAGCGUGUUACGGCAGAGGAGGUGUAUUUUUAGACAGCCUUCAACCAGAUUCUUUGGCCAAGAUCAGGGAGUUAGAAAGCCUCCAUGGAGCACAACAGCAGGCACCUUCGACGCCAUCUGCUGAGCCUCCGAAGUUCAUUACACAAAUUGCUGAUGUGACUAAACUGAUUGAAGGACAGAGUGCGCAUUUCGAAGCUCGUCUUACUCCAGUUGAUGAUCCUGACCUAACAGUUGAAUGGUUCUACAACGGCAAAAAGUUACCUCAUGGACACAGAUACAGAACAUUCCACGAUUUUGGUAUCGUUAUCUUGGACAUUCUCUACUGUUACGAAGAAAAUUCAGGCGUUUAUGAAUGCGUGGCUACUAACAAGUUAGGAAGAGACUCUACCAAGGCUACGUUAAAAUGUGCAUCGAAAGAAAGUUUGAUCCUGGACUCGCAACUACCGCGGGGCAUGGAAGGAGGUUUAGAAAAGCUUCAAACUUUAGAAGAUUCCAUGAUUCGAAGGACGGAUGUCACGAAAGAAGAAGAGCGUGGAAAAGCUCCGAUGUUUACUGUUCCAUUAUCAAAUAUUGAUAACUUGAGGGAAGGAGAGAAUGCUCAUUUCGAAGCGCGUCUGAUACCAACGGAUGACCCCAACUUAAAGGUGGAAUGGUAUUGGAAUGGAAAGUCACUCAAAGCUGGAUCAAGAUUCAGGACCUUCUGCGACUUUGGAUUUGUUAUUCUUGAAAUAUCACCAACAUACCCCGAGGAUUCCGGUGAAUACUCUUGCAGAGCUUACAACAACUACGGCGAGGCGGUUACCACCGCAUCUAUGAAAGUAACCGGUAAACGGAACAUUAUUUUGGAAUCACAAUUGCCGAAGGGUAUGGAAGGAACGAUUGACAAAAUUGCUGCUUUGGAAGGAUACAAUGCGGUCGUGGAUCGUACGGGCCCUGAGGAAGAAGGUGGUAGCCCUCCAGAAUUCACAACAACGCCUUCUGAUUUGAUUCUGGCAGAAAACUCUUCAGCUCACUUCGAAUGCCGUUUGAUUCCAAUUAAUGACUCUAGUAUGAGGGUGGAAUGGUUCCAUAACGGAAAGCCACUCUUGACUGGAUCUAGGGUCAAGACUAUUAACGAUUUUGGUUUCGUCAUUCUUGAGGUGGCUGGAGUCUACCAACGAGAUGCUGGUCUUUACACUUGCAAGGCCACCAACCGCCACGGAGAAGCCACUGUUUCCUGUAAAUUACAAGUUAAGGGUAGACAGGGCAUUGUUCUAGAACCGCAGCUACCAUCUCAUUUCAAAUCUGGAACCGAGAGCAUCCAAAAACUCGAGGAAACUUUACAUAAGCGAGAGGAGCUGACAUUGGAAGAUGAAAAACCAAAUCCACCAAAAUUCAUAGUCGAGAUAAAGGACAACAUUGAUAUACCAGAAGGAGGACCAAUACACUUCGACUGUCGCGUUGAGCCCGUUGGCGAUCCAUCUAUGAGAAUUGACUGGUUCCAUAACGGCAGGCCGUUUGCGACUGGUUCUCGAGUUCACAUGCUCAACGAUUUUGGAUUUAUUGCUUUGGACAUCGAUUACAUUUAUGCCCGCGAUUCUGGUGAAUACACAUGCCGAGCCACCAACAAGUGGGGCUCAGCUACUACAACUGCUAAAAUAACUUGCAGCGCGAAACGCGAUAUCGUAUUAGAAUCUCAACUCCCACAGGGUAUGAGUGGAGAGAAAAUUAAAGAACUAGAAAGAGGAAAAAUCAGUGACGCUCCUGUUGAAGACAAAGUGGUAAACACGCCACCCAAGUUUAUUACACAAAUUCAAUCUCAUACGGUAGAAGAAUCAGAAGGUGUUCGGUUCGAAUGCAGAGUAGAACCGAAAGAAGAUGCAAAACUUCGCAUUGAAUGGUACCGCAAUGGAAAAUUGCUACCAUCUGGUCACCGUUACCGCACAGUGUAUGACAUGGGUUUUGUUUCCCUUGACAUUUUAUACGUGUACGCUGAAGAUUCUGGCGAGUACAUCUGUCGCGCCGUCAAUGACUUUGGAGAAGAUAUGACGCGUGGAACCAUAUCCUGCAAACAACUGCCGGAUAUUAUACUGCAGAACCAGGUACCUCGUGGUAUGAAGAAGUCAGAAGCUUUAACACAGAUGGAGGCGACGAUAAAAAAAUACACUUCUGAAAUUCAUCUCACUGAAGAUGAUCUUUACGAUGUUGACAAAAAACAACCUCCACGCUUUGUUACUCAGAUCGUGAGUCAGACUACGUUAGUAGAAAUGGAAACCACUAAAUUUGAAUGUCAACUUUCACCUGUCGGUGAUCCAAACAUGAAGGUGGAAUGGUUCUUUAACGGAAAACCGUUACUGCACAAGAAUCGCUUCACACCGAUCUACGACUUUGGAUAUGUAGCCAUGAACUUCGGCUGGGUAUAUCCCGAGGACAGUGGCGAAUAUGUUUGCAGAGCCACAAACUUAUAUGGUAUGGAUGAAACGAGAGCCAUAAUUAAGACUGCCGGCAAACCUGGUAUCGUAUACGACUCUCAACUGCCUAAACACAUGAAGAGCAUAGAAAAGAUUAGAGAGAUGGAAGCAUCUUGGCAAGUUGUUCCUGAACAACCACCGGAUGAUAUCAAAGCUCGUUGCGCGCCUGUGUUUGUCAGCAGACCUGACCCAUGCACUGUGGAAGAAGGCGAAUGGGCACGUUUCCAGUGCCGCGUAACAGGACAUCCUAAGCCAAGAGUUAUGUGGGUCAUCAACGGAAACACUAUUGUCAAUGGAUCAAGAUACAAACUGACGUAUGAUGGCAUGUACCACUUCGAUAUACCUAAGACGAGACAAUACGAUACUGGAAAGAUUGAAGUCAUCGCCAGGAGCUCUGCAGGUGAAGCCGUAGCAGCUACUGAGCUGAAGGUCAUCCCAAGACACGAUGAUUACCGAGGUGUACUCAAGAAUGCGCCACGACCUUGGUAUGAUGAAUCUACUCAGUACCAGCGAACUGACACGGAAUUAGAAAAGACCUUUGAAGAGAGGCAAACAUUGCAACGUCAGGGAGUUAUAGAUCAUAGGCCCGAGUUAAAGGCAAAGGUCAUUAAAGAGCCAGAAACUGAAUGGCAACAAUCUGUAAAGAAGAAGAAGAGGGAAGAGUAUUACAACAAGCUACAGGAAUUAGAAAACGAACAGGUUAUUAAGGAAAGUAGGCACAGGGAAUCUACUCACCAAUAUGCCAUACCCGGGGAAAAGGUUGUCAGCAGCUCAGUUGCGAAAGGAAUGGCUCAGAAAUAUCAGAGUAGCUUAGAGCAAUCUGAAGAAGUCCAAGAAACACAACAAAAAGUGCAAAAGAAGGUUAAGAAGCCAAAGAUACCUGAUCCUUCAGAAUCCACAGUUCAUGGAAAAGAGGUUCAUGUCGCUAAGCAAAAGCAAAUACAAAAGGAAGUCGUUGGUGACACUGAGAUAACUCGUAAAAUUACGUCCACCGAAACUACGGAAGUGGAACACAAAGCUCAAACUCAGGAACGAGUGGUCGAAGGACCGGUAAAGCCGAGCAAGCCUCCAGUGUUCACAAAGAAGAUGCAACCGUGCCGAGUAUUUGAACAGGAACAGGCCAAAUUUGAAGUUGAAUUUGAUGGAGAUCCACUUCCCACUAUUAAGUGGUACAGAGAAAACUUCCCGAUCAAAAAUUCACCUGACUUCCAAAUUCACACAUUCAGCACCAAAUCUGUGUUGAUCAUACGUCAAGUUUUCCUGGAAGACUCAGCGGUAUUCGCGGCUGUAGCAGAAAACCGAGGUGGUACUGCCAAAUGUAGCGCCAACUUAGUAGUUGAAGAACGAAGGCGCCAGGGUAGAGGCGGCGUAAUUCCACCAAGCUUCACAUUGACAGCUCAAAGUGUUAACGUAACUGCUAGUCAACUAGUAAGAUUUGAUACUAAAGUGACUGGAACGAAGCCUAUUGAUGUAUAUUGGCUAAAGAAUGGGAAGAAGAUCCAACCUGAUAUCAGGAAUAAAAUUUUAGAUGAAGAUGGCACAUACACUCUUUUGAUACUCGAAGCAUACCCGCAAGACUCAGGAAAAUAUGAAUGUGUAGCCAUCAACAGCGCUGGUGAGGCUCGGUGCGACGCUGAGUGCUACGUUAACGCUCCUGCCACAAAAGAGAAGCCAAAAUCUCAAUCGAAGGCUGCCAACUCACCCCCAGAAAUUAUUGAGCCACUAAAAGAUAAAGUAGUAGCUGAGGGGCAAGGUAUUGAGUUUAGCUGCAAAAUUGUAGGCAAACCAACUCCUACUGUGCAAUGGUAUAAGGGUGAAAAUCUGAUUAAGCCCUCAAAAUACUUCCAAAUGUCAAGAGCAGCCGAUGAAUAUACUUUACGUAUAUCGGAAGCGUUCCCAGAAGACGAAGGAGACUACAAGUGUGUCGCUUACAACUCCGCCGGCCGUGUGACUGGGGCAGCCAAGCUGAAGGUAUCUCAACCGGACCAGGCCGAUAUCCUUCCCACCCUGACGCCAUUACGCGACGUCGUCGUCAACGAGGGGCAGCCUGCUCAGUUCAAGACCAACAUCACCAGCAAAAUCAAGCCGACCAUCCAGUGGCUUCGCGAAGGUGCACUAAUCCCAGAGACACCAGAUUUUCAGAUGAUCCAUGAGGGCAACAACGCGGUGCUGUUGAUCGGCAACACGUACGAGGAGGACUCGGGCACGUUCACCUGCCGCGCCACCACCGCCGCCGGCCAGGUCGAGUCCUCGGCUAAACUAGUCGUCAAAAAGUCACGAACUGUCAUUUCAAAGAAAAUUUAUCAGAAUGGAACCGCCGUUAAAGAGAACGGAUCUCAAAUGCAACAAACAAAAAGUACGUCAUUAUAUCAAAGCACCGAUGAGUCAAAUAUCUUGAACAUACAAAAUAUUCAAGACGUAGAAACCAAAACCCUACAGAGACAAGUGCCAUGGCGCCGUCAGAGUGAAUCGCAUACUUCUAAAGAAGAAAUUCUAGAGGUGAAACACUGGCGUAGGCCUCGCGCUGAGAGCAAAUCCUUAGAAAGGAAAACAGAUACUGAGGAAAGCAAUAUUUUAGUAAUAGGUCAAGAAGAACAAAUCGAUAUUCAUAAAAUUAGCAAAAGUGAACAUCCACAAGAAAAACCAAUCUUAGAAACUAAGCAUUGGAGAAAACAACGUCAAGAUAAGUCCAAAGUUGUUGAUAAUAAAAUAGAUGUAGAAGACAAAAAUAUUUUAAGCGUCCAUCAAGUAGAGGAAGUCUACGAUAGUGUUCAAAUCAAAGACACUUCUAAAAAAACGGAAGAAACUAUUUCUUUGACCAAAAAGUAUCCAAAAAGUGUAGUAGAAGAUAAAAAAGAACCAGUACCGUGGACGCAAGACAGUGUAAAAUUAAGACCAACUAAGAUUGAAAAAUCACAAAUAACAAGGGAAAAGUUAGAGGACGUAACAUUGAAACCAGUCCGAAAAGAUUCUAUAAAGAAAACCGAUGCAAUGCUUAUCGAAGAAUCAUACACACAAGAAGAAGAAACAGUGAUCUUAAAAGUAGAAGAGACAAGUCAAGCCGAAAUAACCAAAGCGACCAAAACUGUUGAAGAGACAAAAAUAGAUUCGAAACAAAUUUUAAAAGAUGAAGAAGUGCCAAAGUCUUGGCGAACAAGCAAACGCCAACCUAUAGAAGAGGCCCCAGUAGAAAAGGUUACCCUGAAGCCGAUUCCUAGGCAGAAACCAACCGAAAAUAUCUCAACACUGGAAGAAGUGCAACUUAAAUCUGUACCGUGGCGAAGUGGAAAGAAAGAAGUGAAAGGUCAACAAGAGAUUGAUGAACUGAAACAUAUUGAGGAUGUUACAUCCGUCAUACCUUCGUCUGUAGUCGAAGAAAAACGUCUCAAACCUAUUCUUAAACAAAAAUCUAUUGAAGAUAGUAUAUCUGAUUCAGAACGUAAGGAGGUUACAUUUAAAUCCAAUAAAAUGGAAGAUGAUGAAAAUAAAGUCAAAGAAGUUCAAUGGCGCACUGGGAAGCGCCGACCGAAAGAAGAGCAACCGAAAGAAGAGGUAGUUUUGAAACCAAUACCUAAAACAAUAGCGGCUCAAGAAGAAAAGCCGGAAGAGGCAAAGUUGAAGCCUAUAAAGAAAGAAAAGCCAAUAGAAAAGGAGCAGCCUCAAGAUAUCAAAUGGCCAACUGGAAAGCGCCGACCGAAAGAAGAAGAACCGAAAGAAGAGGUCGUUUUGAAACCUAUACCAAAACCAACAGCACCUGAAGAAGAAAAGCCAGAAGAGGCAAAACUAAAACCUAUAAAGAAAGAGAAACCUAUCGAAACGGAGCAGCCUCAAGAUAUCAAAUGGCCAACUGGAAAGCGCCGACCAAAAGAAGAACAACCAAAAGAAGAGGUCGUUUUGAAACCUAUACCAAAACCGACAGCACCUGAAGAAGAAAAGCCAGAAGAGGCAAAACUAAAACCUAUAAAGAAAGAGAAGCCUAUCGAAACGGAGCAGCCUGAAGAUAUCAAAUGGCCAACUGGAAAGCGCCGACCGAAAGAAGAACAACCGAAAGAAGAGGUCGUUUUGAAACCUAUACCAAAACCGACAGCACCUGAAGAAGAAAAGCCAGAAGAGGCAAAGCUGAAGCCUAUGAAGAAAGAAAAGCCAAUAGAAACGGAGCAGCCUGAAGAUAUCAAAUGGCCGACUGGAAAGCGCAGACCGAAAGAAGAACAACCGAAAGAAGAGGUCGUUUUGAAACCUAUACCAAAACCGAUAGCACCUGAAGAAGAAAAGCCAGCAGAGGCAAAGCUGAAGCCUAUGAAGAAAGAAAAGCCAAUAGAAUCGGAGCAGCCAGAAGAUAUCAAAUGGCCGACUGGAAAGCGCCGACCGAAAGAAGAACAACCGAAAGAAGAGGUCGUUUUGAAACCUAUACCAAAACCAAAAGCCCCCGAAGAAGAAAAGCCGGAAGAGGCAAAACUAAAACCUAUAAAGAAAGAGAAACCUAUCGAAACGGAGCAGCCUGAAGAUAUCAAAUGGCCAACUGGAAAGCGCCGACCGAAAGAAGAACAACCGAAAGAAGAGGUCGUUUUGAAACCUAUACCAAAACCGACAGCACCUGAAGAAGAAAAGCCAGAAGAGGCAAAGCUGAAGCCUAUGAAAAAAGAAAAACCAAUAGAAACGGAGCAGCCUGAAGAUAUCAAAUGGCCGACUGGAAAGCGCAGACCGAAAGAAGAACAACCGAAAGAAGAGGUCGUUUUGAAACCUAUACCAAAACCGAUAGCACCUGAAGAAGAAAAGCCAGCAGAGGCAAAGCUGAAGCCUAUGAAGAAAGAAAAGCCAAUAGAAACGGAGCAGCCAGAAGAUAUCAAAUGGCCGACUGGAAAGCGCAGACCGAAAGAAGAACAACCGAAAGAAGAGGUCGUUUUGAAACCUAUACCAAAACCGACAGAACCUGAAGAAGAAAAGCCAGAAGAGGCAAAGCUGAAGCCUAUGAAGAAAGAAAAGCCAAUAGAAUCGGAGCAGCCAGAAGAUAUCAAAUGGCCGACUGGAAAGCGUCGACCGAAAGAAGAACAACCGAAAGAAGAGGUCGUUUUGAAACCUAUACCAAAACCAAAAGCCCCCGAAGAAGAAAAGCCGGAAGAGGCAAAACUAAAACCUAUAAAGAAAGAGAAACCUAUCGAAACGGAGCAGCCUGAAGAUAUCAAAUGGCCAACUGGAAAGCGCCGACCGAAAGAAGAACAACCGAAAGAAGAGGUCGUUUUGAAACCUAUACCAAAACCGACAGCACCUGAAGAAGAAAAGCCAGAAGAGGCAAAGCUGAAGCCUAUGAAGAAAGAAAAGCCAAUAGAAACGGAGCAGCCUGAAGAUAUCAAAUGGCCGACUGGAAAGCGCAGACCGAAAGAAGAACAACCGAAAGAAGAGGUCGUUUUGAAACCUAUACCAAAACCGAUAGCACCUGAAGAAGAAAAACCAGCAGAGGCAAAGCUGAAGCCUAUGAAGAAAGAAAAGCCAAUAGAAACGGAGCAGCCAGAAGAUAUCAAAUGGCCAACUGGAAAGCGCAGACCGAAAGAAGAACAACCGAAAGAAGAGGUCGUUUUGAAACCUAUACCAAAACCGACAGAACCUGAAGAAGAAAAGCCAGAAGAGGCAAAGCUGAAGCCUAUGAAGAAAGAAAAGCCAAUAGAAUCGGAGCAGCCAGAAGAUAUCAAAUGGCCGACUGGAAAGCGCCGACUGAAAGAAGAACAACCGAAAGAAGAGGUCGUUUUGAAACCUAUACCAAAACCAAAAGCCCCCGAAGAAGAAAAGCCGGAAGAGGCAAAACUAAAACCUAUAAAGAAAGAGAAACCCAUCGAAACGGAGAAGCCUGAAGAUAUCAAAUGGCCAACUGGAAAGCGCCGACCAAAAGAAGAACAACCGAAAGAAGAGGUUGUAUUGAAACCUAUACCAAAACAAAAAGCUAAAGUAGAAGAAAAACCGGAAGGGCUCAAGCUAAAACCCGUGGAAAAGGAUGAAUCUGUUAUUGAACAUAAAUCUGAAGAAGAUUUAGUCGUGGAAGAAGAAGAAAUUCAAGUCACGCAGCGAAAGAAAAUUAUUAAGAAAAAGGAGGAAAACAAAAAAGAUUCAAAAUUAACUGAGGCAGGCCCUGUUAUAAAAGUUCCAAUUAAAGCAGUUAAUGUAGAGGAAACUAGUGAUUUUGAACUAUCCGUCUCAUAUGAGAUGCAUAAUAACAGUAAAGUACAAUGGUAUCGUAACAACCAACUACUAGAAGAAAACGAAAACUGUGUCAUAGAAACAGACAAUGGAAAGUCCACUAUCAGGAUAUCAGAUGCAAACAGGAAUAAAAUAGGAAAAUACGAAGUAGUUGUGGAAAGUGAUAAUAAAAUUGUUAAGUCAGCGAGUUCUGUAAAACUCCAAAAAUUAAUAGAGGAAGAGGAAGUCAAAGCACCUGUCUUCAUUAAAUUAAUCCAUCCCAUGGAAGUUUGCAUUGGAGAUAUAGUGCUUAUUCAAACAGAAGUAGUCUCAAGCCCACCAGCGUCAUUCCAAUGGUUCAUUGGCAACAAAGAAGUAAAGCAGCUAACUAAAGAAAAUAAGUUAAAUACAAUUUAUGUUUCUACAAAGUCCAAUGUUUCCUGUUUGUGCAUUGAAAACAUAACGGAAGAUAUUGUUGGAAUGAUAACAUGUAGAGCAGAAAAUUUUGCUGGAUCAGUUUCUUGCUCAGCCUCAUUGACGAUACUGAAAGAACGCAAAUCUAGUAUAGGCACCAGCCCUUCAGUAGUAUCUCCACUAAAUUCAUUGACUGUAAUGGACGGAGAAACCAUAUCGUUACUAUGCGAGAUAUCUGGACAACCGUGGCCUACCAUAAGCUGGUUCCGUGAUAACAAUCCAAUAGUCAGAGAUAGAGAUGUUGUGUUCUCCCGCCAAGAGUCAGGCCUUUGUGAACUAUGUAUCAAAGAAGCCUUUCCAGAAAUGAUGGGAACGUACCGUUGCACAGCAACGAACGAGUUCGGGAGCUGUGCCACUGAAUGUUAUGUAACUGUCGAAGCUUAUGAAUAUAUCCCCAGCGCAUCCGAAGAAGAUGUUUUGAGCGACGAGAAAUUGAGUGAGGUCGAAGAAUUUGCGCCGCGGAUAGUAAAAGCUUUACCUACGGUAAUAACUACGACUGAGGGAGAACUUACCAGACUGGAAGCUAAAGCCAUUGGAGUCCCAAAACCACAGAUAAGAUGGGUAAAACAAGGCCAAGAGAUAAAACAAUCUCACGAAUACCAAAUAGAAGAAAUGGAUGAUGGCACAUCAAUAUUGAUUAUACCGGAGGUUUACCAAGAUGACACUGGCGAAAUAAAGUUCGAGGCUUAUAAUGCUCUGGGAGUAACGGCUACCAUAGCCGCACUUUCUGUCGAGAGUAUUGUUGGCACGAAAGAAUAUCGCAAACCAGAGUGGGUCACGCAUAUGGAAGAGAUGCAAGCUGCUUUAAAAGCAUCGCAUUCUGUUCCGACCUUCGUGAAAGAAAUACUGGGCGAAAGAGUCCACGAAGAGGAAACAGUAGUGUUUGAAGCUUUGUACAGUGGAAAUCCUGUUCCAGAAAUCCUGUGGUAUAAAGAUGAUAAAGUGAUAAGGACUGACGAACACCAAACUAUUGAGAAUAAAGACAAUCGCACUUCAUGUACGAUAGCAAAGGCUACAAAAGAAUCUGAAGGAACAUAUAUGUGCAAAGCCGUAAGUGACAUAGGCAUGGCUAUAACUAAAGCAAAGCUGCAAGUUUUUAAAGCAGGUGAAAAAAUUAAAAAGCUUAAAGCAAAGGAAGUAAAGGAAAAGGUUAAAUCUGAAAAAGUAACUAAGCGUUCACAAGAUGCUAUAGAAAAGGACGUAGCUACGGAAGUUGUAAGUGAACCACUUAAAACUACAUCUGUAUCAGAAGUGCAGCCUGUCGACAAUGUAACAGAAAUAAGGAAAGUUACAAAGCAAAGAGCCAAAGUUAUACUUAGUGAAGCUGAGCAUGUUGAAACAACUGAUGUAGCUUCCUACAAAAAAUCUGACAAAAAAGCCGAAGGUAUGCCACGAUCUGAAAGAGUUCAGCCAAUUGUUGCCCCUCAUAAUUAUCUAAUAUCCUCGCAGCAACAAGAUGAAGAGACAACUGAACCACUUGAUGAGAAUCAUUACGAAAAGCAACGAGGUAUCAUAAAAAUGGUCGAAAAAGAUUCUAGAAUGGUAGCCGAAGUAAAUGAAUUACUUGAAGUAAUUAAUGCCAAAGAAUUUGGACCUGGUGAAUCACCAUUAAGAGAACUAGCUAAGAUUGGAUAUAUGUUAAGAAGUGGCGUUACAAUUGAAAAUAUUGAAGCAUUAUAUGAUUCGGAAUAUUUUCCUGCACUAAGAGUUCCACAAUCGCAGUCAGCUCUCGUUCACUUAGUGGAACGUCAAGGACAUGGUGCAUUAAUAACAGAAGUACUAACAGAAGAAACUACUCAAGACGAAAAUAUCGUUGCAGCCAAAGUAGGAUUCCGUGCCUUUUUAAAGAUGGUCGAGAUGAAGCAUAGUUCUGUGGAGGAAGUUAUUGCUCAUUUCUAUCCUGAAGAUUUCAAACCACGAUCCUGGGAACAAAAAGCAGCACAUGAGGUUUUAGUGGAAUCAUCAGCGGAACUUACAGCACAACAGAGAUCAACAAAAGUAAUGAAAGAUAGUAAAAAAGGUACUGCAAAGCAAAAGGAAGAUCGUUUGGAAACACAAAUUAAGAAACGUUCGAAGGUCGAAAAAGAAAUUCUAAGUGAAAUUAUAACAACAGAAAAUGUUGCAGAAAUUUUGAGACCUACAGAAAGUUUGGAGGUACUACAGGAGGAUAUAGCAGAUCAGUUGGAAAAGGAAAACUUUGAUUACAUUAGUGCAACGGCUACUGAUGUAUCUGACAAUAAAAUAGAAAUUAUUCCCGCAAGCGAAGUCUCACUUUUACAAAACGAACAAAAACAUGAUGAUAAAGCUAUUGUUAAAAUUGAUUCAAAUUAUGCCCUUAUUAAUACAGCAUCGGUAGCAGGGGAAACCGAACAAUCGUUUAAAAAAGUUUGCACGAAAUCUAUUAGACUAGAACCUUCCAUUAAAGGGCAUAAAUCAAUGGAAAUAUCUGAAGUUCACGCUUCAGAUACAAUUGAUGCAUAUAAUGUACAGUCAUCAAAUUCCAAAAUUAAAGCAAAUGAGUCGUUUAUACCAAAAGAAAGUAUAAUAACAUCAGAAACUAUCAUAAAUUCGACCUCAACGGAUCUAAAAUCAGACGAAUUAAUGUUUCAAAAAGCGAAAACUUCUUUGCUACUAAAUGAUGCAAUUAGAAUUGUUCAAGAAAUAACAUCAGAUAAAGAAUCGACUCUUGUAGAUGUACAAAAAGCAACUUCAAAGGCAUCGAUUUCUAUUUCACCUUUGGAAGAAUUAAGCAUUUCUGAAAUAAAUGAAGAACAGAAAGAAGAUAUUUUCGAAGAUAAGCCCGAUAUUAAAGGCACGAAACCAAAAUUUAAUUUUAAUUUACACGAAAGUAUUCAAGUAGGUGAAGUUGUCCCAGAAGAUGAAUCGGGCAAAUACUAUCCAGAAGUUAUUGUUCCUACCGAGACAGCAAGGAAAGAAGUUUUGGUAGCGAACCAAGUAAUUACCGAAAUGCAUGACGUUCAAGAAAAAGAAGGGCAUCUGCAAGCCUUAAAAUUACCACCUACACAGGAAGCUUCUGUAGAUGUUACAUCAAAGGAGAGUUUAAUAAUAACGUUAGAAAGCACAAAUGAUAAAGAAGAAUAUCUGCCUCUCAAAGAAAAUACCACUUUUACAGCUUCUUCGGAUAUGCUUUUAUUUUCAGGCUUAAACAAUUCAAUUACGACGUCUCAGAUCAAUGAAAUCGAUCUUGUAACUCAGAAAGCACAAGAAAAACAUGCUAGUAUUUCUUUGAAUGAAUAUCAGCAUAGCGUUAAUACCGAAACUAAUGUGAAUGAAUCAGAAAGUGAUUUGAAAGAAACAAAACGAGCCAAUUACUCUAAAGUUGAAGUUUCUAUGGAUGCACUGGAUAAAAAUAUAACUGAAGAAGUACAACUUAAUGAAUCUGAACGAGAGCUAACUAUAAAAGAUCACAAAGUCAUAGCAAUGGCUAAACUUGAUGUUAAAGGAGUUGAGCCUUUAGUCACUUCAGAAGUUACACACCUGACUUCAGCUUCAGUUUUGCAGCUUCCAGGCAAAGUCACAGAGGAAUCAGCAGUAGAAAUUAUAUCUACAGAGAAUGCUAAAAUAAUAACAUUACCUAUGGUCCAUGAACAAGAAAAGGUAUCUCUAGACACACCUUGGAAACCAGAAAAUGUUACGAAGUCUCUUAUACCUAACCUGCCACUAUCUGUAUCGCAAGUUCAAUCAUCAGAAAACGAACAUGUUUUAAGUAUUGAAAAACAUACAGAGCCAAUGUUUAUUACGUCUACUCCAACUCACCAAUUGAAAAUACCGAUGGGAGAGGAAGUAACUACUGCUGAUCAAAUAGCUUUUCUUAAUACACUACCACAAAAUUUCGAAAUAGCUACUAAACAACAAGAAACCCACAAAGAGUUGACCGUACAACAGACUACAAUUCAAGAGCAGCUAGGAAGUUUUCAAGAAAAGGAAACAAAUGUCCAAAAAAUAACACCGACCUUUAUAAACAAUGAAAGUUUAAACAUUACUGAAAUAACUACAAAUCUAUCAGAAAAUGAUUUAACCACAAAACUGCCAGAGUCGGCUAAGUUUGCAAAAAUCGAAUUAAAUGUAGAUCAUAAAAUUGCCAUUACGUCUGAAGUAAAAACAAGGGAUACGGUUGGUGAAUUGCUUGCUAAUAUGCCACAGUCAGAAGAAGCCCAAACUACUACCGAACUUAUGAAAUCUAUACAAAUUUCUCAUAAUGAAAUAAUGGACAGUCAAAAAGAGUUAGAUCAAACAUUACAACCUGAUACAAAGAACCUUACUUUUGAUAUCAUUUCUACAAGCGAAGCACUUAAUGUAACUGAAGUAAUCCAAAAUGAAAAAGAACAGGAAUACGAAAGUAAACCCAUUUUAGAAAACUAUACAGCAACAGCAGACAUCACUAGCAAGCUUGUUGCACUUUCCACAGAGAUAUUAACACAAGGAUGUUUGGGUUAUACCAAAGAUACGGAUUCUGAAACUCUUAUGAAGAAAGCCACUGUUGAGAACUUGCUAUUUAAGGAAGUAAUUGUAACCGAUACUAACUUGAGUGAGAAAGAAAGUGACCUUGACUCAAAAUUACCGACAACAUUGAAUGCUAAACUUAAAUUUGAUCAGCUUCAAGGCAUUAUUGUAGACGAAAACAGCUCAGAAUUAAAUGCUGAAUCUUUUACUAGACCAGACGAUACUAUUUACGCCACAGCAAAAGAGUCUUCAAUAUUGAAGGAAGCCAUCAGCCAAGAAGAAACCAUCACCCACACUUCAGAAGGUAAUUUUAAAACUAUAGAACUAAAUCAUCAAAUACAUCCAGAAGUCACACUUUCUGCUCUGCAAGCUCCUAAAUAUAAUGAAAAUUUCAUUAUUGAAAGCGAAACUAUGAUACCUAAUCAUAUAACACCAGUAAAACAGUCAGCUCAUUUCACGAUAGGAGAACAUCAUAGUAUUGAGAUAUCUGAAACAACUUCUCAAUCUGAAAAAUCUAAGGAAAUAGAAACGUUUAACUCAUCUCACCAAACUGCUAACGUAAAAGUAGAUGAAAUUUACGGCAAAAUAGCCAACACUGAGGAAAUUAUACUAACUGAUUCUUUAAAUGCAAUUACACCAGAAAUUAAUAAAAAAGAAACAUCGACUAUAACUCCAAUCGAAUUACAUACAUUAGAACAAACAGAAACAAUCCCAGAAGAGAAAGAAAACACGUUUAAUAGUAAAAUAAUUCCAAAGGCGAAUAUUAAACCCGAUAUAACAGAAACACAAGCUUUAAUAACAUCACAGAUUGAAACUUUCGACCAAGGGAGAAACUCUGACUUUGAAAUACAAAUGACAUUGAAAGAUGCAUCUAUAUCUUUUGUACCACAUCACAGCACUAUUGACACUGAAAUAUUGACCACCACCAAUGCAGACAAAUUACAUCAGGAAUCUACUAAAAUAAAACAGGCAUUACAAAUUCAAGAUCAAAUACAAACUCAUAUUAUAGGCACUGAAAUUUUAUGUAACGAAAAAGAAUCAGAACUUAUACCAUCCCCGAAAAAUAUUUGUAAAGAUGUGAAGCAAUUAUUUGAGGAAACAUCUGCUACGCAAAUCAGGGAAGAUCAAAUAUUGGAAAAUGAAAAGGAUUUCUAUCAACAAAUCACCAAAGUAGCUACUGCACAAACAUCAUUUAAUGAACAACAGUCAGUAAUAAACACAGAAGUUAUUUCAAACCAAGUAAGUGAGAACGUUAAUGUUAUAAGUCAACAAACAAAAAAUGUUGUUGUUACUCAUGGAGAAGCUUUGGAGGCUUUCCAGAGCCUAGAACCAUUUUUGGGUGAAAAAGAAGACACAUUCUUAGAAGAGCAAACCACUAAAUUUUACACCAAAAGCAAUGUACAGCCACAAAAAUCGAUACAUGUUACAGAAAUAGUUACAUCUGAAUGUGAAAACCUUCUCAAACCAACGAAAUCGAAACCAACAGACAAACCAAUUGAAGUUAUUGAUGCACAUAAUUACUACGAUACUACUGAAAUUAUAGUUUCAGAAAGUGAAAAAGAAAUAAUUAUUCCUAUAAGCGAAAAAAGUGCUAUGUCUACUCUCAACUAUCAACCUUACCAACAUGUUCACGUGGAAGAAUGGCAAGUUACUGAAAAAGAAAACCAUUUAGGUAAAACCACUCAUCCUCAACAAAACAUCAAAGAAUUUUCCAUAGAAACACAGAAUGCUUUGAAUAUUGAAAUAAUAAAUGCUGAAGAUCAACCAGAAAAGCUAUUACUAAAAGAAAAAACAAAAAUGAUUAACUUACCUGUAAAUUUAGAAGUUGGAAAACACGUUAAUAUUGAAGAAACAGUAGUAUAUGAAGAAGAAACCAAUCUCAAAAGUGAACCCCUUCAUAAAGUGGAAAAUACUCAUCCAUUUACUGAUUCCGCUCAUCACAUAACUAUCACCGAAACUGAAAGUACGGAAAGUGAAACUCCAAUUGAACAGAUAUUAAAAGAAAAGGAAAGGUAUUCACAAGUGAUCAUAGAAGCAAAAUCACCAAUUCAAGUACAAGAAGUUUUAUUAAAAGAAUCAGAAGUUGAUAUUCCCAGUAAUAUUCAAAUGAAACCAUCACACAUAUCAAUUUCUGUCGAGCCCCAACAACACUUAACAGUAACUGGUGUCAUAACUAAAGAAAAAGUCUCCGAUAUUCAACUUUACACAGAAAUACCAAAAUCUUGCAAUGAAAAUAUUUCUGUUCAAACAACGGAACAUGUUACUACUAGCGAAAUAUUUGCAACGGAAAAGGAAAUAGCAUUUACCGAACCACAAAUAACUAACAUUGCAAAAGAAAGCCAAUCUGUGCUACAAGAAGUAAGAAACAUAGAACCAAAUGUGUACGAAUCAGUAGGAAAUAUAGUCGAUCUAAAAAAUGCGCAAUCACGUGAAGCAAAUAUUGACUAUGAACUUCUUAAAACAUACCAAACUACAGAAAAUAUUGCGCAUGAAGAAACUAAACAAAUUGAUACUAAAUCUAGUGUAACACAUACAGCAAAUCCUGAUUUUAUAGAAUUAGAUUCAGUUGAAAAUUAUGAGGUUUUAUUAGAAGAAAUUCCCGAACCUCUAUCAAAAGAUCUCUUACAAGACCAAAGGGCAAUACAGUCUCAUUUACUAGAACAGGGAAUCCUUAAUUCACAACCGCAUUUAUUCGAAACAAGUGCCGAUAUUUCAGUAAAAUUUGCACCUGAUAAUAGUACAGCCACGAGUCAAAUAGAACUUAGUAAAAAUUACACAACCUCUGAGAAUAUAAUCCAAGAGACUACAGACAACUUAGAAGUUAAAGAAGGAAUAACAACCAAAGCUGAAGAAAGUUUACAGGAAAUGAUGUCAAUACAAGUUACUAAAAUUGUUACUGAGGAGAAAAAUAAAGAGUUCAGCAUAAAUAAGACACCCAAAAAUGAAAUAGCUGAAGAGAAGCACACGCUCUUAGAUGAAAUAAUUAACAUUAAACCAGAAAUAUUCCAACAAGUCACAGACCUGACGAUAAAGUCUAGUCCUAACGUAUCAAAUGCUGCUGUAGAUGUUAUAUUACACCAAACAUACGAUGUCACGGAAAACAUAACACAAGAAAUAUUACAAAAUAUGCCAAGUGAACAAGCUAAAACUCAAAAUGCUAAUGCGAACAUAAAAGAAAUGAAACCAAUAGAGCAAUCUGAAAUCGUUUUGGAUUAUAAUAUUUCUAGUUUUGAGAAUAAGGUAGCGCAAGAAAAAAAUGUUACGGAAACAACCAUUGAAAUUUUACCUCUCAGUCAAACAGACAUAUUAGUACACGAAUCCACCAUCGAUAGUUGUAUUUCAGAACCCACUGACUAUAAAAAUGCUGAUGUCUUAGUGAAUUUAAAUGAAUGUUUAAGUGUACUUGAAGUGACUCAUGAACAAUCAGAAGAAAACUUAGAAACAGAGAAAGGUAAACACGUCAAAGCAUUUACAACAAUCAAACCAUUUACACACUUACAAUGCACGGAAAACAUAACAGAAACAUACCUUGACUCAUUUGGCACAGAUUCAACGGUAGAAAAAACAUCGAAUGUUACAUCUACAGAAGCUCAACCACUCAUCAUUACAGAUAAUUUGAUCUUCCAACGUGAAAGCAAUUUGGAAAUUGUAUCACCACAACAACAAACCAUUACUAAUGUCAUAACUCUAGAAAAAGGAGUGGAAGUCACUGAUGAUUUUGUAAAUGAGCAAACCAUACCAUACAGUAAGACAUUUACACGUUUUGCUCAAAGUAAUGUAACAUUUACUGAUGAAAGAGACAUUGCAGUAAAGCUGCAGCAACCUUCAUUGUUAGAAUGCACACAAACCGAAACUACACAACAAGAUUUACUUUCGACAAAAUCAUCAGAUGCAGAAGAAACAGAAGAAAUAAUAACAACAUUCAAAAAAUCUACUGAAGGAGGCGAACCCAUUCAAGUCAAAACGAAAAGGACAAUAAUAAAGAAAAAAGAAACAAAUGAAAGUAAUGUUGUAAUAGAGGAAAGCUUAGACGACGAUAAUCGGCGCAUAAAUGUAGAUAAGACUAAAAAUCACAACGUGGACAUAGAAGAAUACGAAAGCGAUACAAAUCAGAUAUAUGACGACAGUAACAAAGGAACGAUUGUCAUGCCAGACGAUCAUUUUACAAUACCAAAACAAAGUGUGAACGUUGAAAUUGAAGAAUUAGUACAAGAAAUAUCAACAGAUGAGAAUGAACCCAUAAAAAUAAAAAAUCAGCGUAAAAAAAUCAACAAGCGCUUAAAACAUAAAGAUACUAGAAUAGAAAUCAGUACAGAAAAAGAAAAUGAACAAACACCUAUAGUCACUGAGCAAGAAACUCUAUUUGAACAAGACACAACGGACUUUGUGCAUACGAUAAAACCUCAAAAAGCUAUAACAAUAGAAGAAAUCCCAGAAACCGUAACAGUAACACAAGUCACAACUGAAACAGGAGACAUUAAAAAAAUAAAAACUACAAAGCGAGUUAUCAAGAAGAAACAAAGUGGAAAAGAAGAAGUAACAGAAAUAACUACAGAAGAAAAAGAUGAAACACCGAUUAUUGUAACCGAGGAAGAAACCCCUGAAGAAAUAAUGCCAGUCGAAAUAGUAGAGCUCCCAGAAGAAUCGACGGUGGAAGACAUUCAAUCUCCUGACGGUAAGACUAAACACAAAGUCACUACAAAACGCACUAUCAAAAAGAAGGUAGGGCCGAAGGUAGAAACCACAGUACUCACCACAGAAACGCACGAUGACCAACAACCAAUCGUCACAGUACAAAUCACUGAAAAUGUAUCUGAUGAAGACAUAACAGAAAUUAUACAAAAGACCGAACCUCAGAAGGCUACAACAAUCGAAGAAGCUCCAGAAUCGGUCACGGUCACGCAAGUCAAAACUGAAACAGGCGAGGUAAAAAAAGUCAAAACAACAAAGCGGCUCAUCAAGAAGAAACGAGGACAGAAAGAGGAAGUAACAGAAAUUACAAUAGUAGAAAAGGACGGAGAAGCCCCGAUUACAACAUUCAAUGUAACGGAAGAAGAAGCCCCUGAAGAAAUCAAGCCGGUCGAAAUAGUCGAGCUGCCAGAAGAAUCGACGGUGGAAGACAUCCAAUCUCCUGACGGUAAGACUAAACGCAAAGUCACUACAAAACGCACUAUCAAAAAGAAGGUAGGUCCGAAGGUAGAAACCACAGUACUCACCACAGAAACGCAAGAUGACCAACAACCAAUCCUCACAGUACAAACUACUGAAACUGUAUCUGAUGAAGACACAACUGACUUUACACAAAAAACUGAAUCUCAAAAGGCUACAACAAUCGAGGAAGCUCCAGAAUCUUUCACGGUCACGCAAGUCAAAACUGAAACAGGCGAAGUAAAAAAAGUCAAAACAACAAAGCGGGUCAUUAAAAAGAAACAAGGACAGAAAGAAGAAGUAACAGAAAUUACAACAGUAGAAAAAGACGGAGAAUCCCCGAUUACAACAUUUAAUGUAACGGAAGAAGAAGCCCCUGAAGAGAUCAAGCCGGUUGAAAUAGUCGAGCUCCCAGAAGAAUCGACGGUGGAAGACAUCCAAUCUCCUGACGGUAAGACUAAACGCAAAGUCACUACAAAACGCACUAUCAAAAAGAAGGUAGGGCCGAAGGUAGAAACUACAGUACUCACCACAGAAACGCACGAUGACCAACAACCAAUCGUCACAGUACAAACUACUGAAACUGUAUCUGAUGAAGACACAACAGACUUUACACAAAACAUCGAACCGCAAAAGGCUACAACAAUGGAAGAAGCUCCAGAAACUGUCACGGUCACGCAAGUCAAAACUGAAACAGGUGAGGUAAAAAAAGUCAAAACAACGAAGCGGAUCAUCAAGAAAACACGAGGACCAAAAGAGGAAGUAACAGAAAUAACGACAGUAGAAAAGGACGGUGAAGCCCCAGUUACUACAUUCAAUGUAACGGAAGAAGACGCCCAUGAAGAGAUCAAGCCGGUCGAAAUAGUCGAGCUACCAGAAGAAUCGACGGUGGAAGAUAUCCAAUCUCCUGACGGUAAGAGAAAACGAAAAGUAACUACAAAACGCACUAUCAAAAAGAAGGUAGGGCCGAAGGUAGAAACCACAGUACUCACCACAGAAACGCUCGAUGACCAACAACCAAUCGUCACAGUACAAAUCACUGAAAAUGUAUCUGAGGAAGACAUAGCAGACAUUAUACAAAAGACCGAACCUCAGAAGGCUACAACAAUCGAAGAAGCUCCAGAAUCGGUCACGGUCACGCAAGUCAAAACUGAAACAGGCGAGGUAAAAAAAGUCAAAACAACCAAGCGGGUCAUCAAGAAGAAACAAGGACCAAAAGAGGAAGUAACAGAGAUUACAACAGUAGAAAAGGACGGAGAAGCCCCGAUUACAACAUUCAAUGUAACAGAAGACGAAGCCCCUGAAGAGAUAAAGCCGGUCGAAAUAGUCGAGCUCCCAGAAGAAUCGACGGUGGAAGACAUCCAAUCUCCUGACGGUAAGACUAAACGCAAAGUCACUACAAAGCGCACUAUCAAAAAGAAGGUAGGUCCGAAGGUAGAAACCACAGUACUCACCACAGAAUCACACGAUGACCAACAACCAAUCGUCACAGUACAUACUACUGAAACUGUUUCUGAUGAAGACAAAACUGACUUUAUACAAACAAUCCAACCGCAAAAGGCUACGACAAUCGAAGAAGCUCCAGAGACUAUAACAGUCACGCAAGUAAAGACUGAAACAGGCGAUAUUAAAAAGGUCAAAACUACGAAACGGGUAAUCAAGAAGAAAAAAGGACCGAAAGAAGAAGUAACAGAAAUAACGACAGUAGAAAAGGACGGGGAAGCCCCGAUUACAACAUUCACUGUAACUGAGGAAGAAAUCCCUGAAGAGAUCAAGCCAGUCGAAAUAGUCGAGCUCCCGGAAGAAUCGACGGUGGAAGACAUCCAAUCCCCUGACGGUAAGACUAAACGCAAAGUCACUACAAAACGAACUAUCAAAAAGAAGGUAGGUCCAAAAGUAGAAACCGCAGUACUCACCACAGAAACGCACGAUGACCAACAACCAAUCGUCACAGUACAAACUACUGAAACUGUCUCUGAUGAAGACACAACAGACUUUACACCAAACAUCGAACCUCAAAACGCUACAACAAUGGAAGAAGCUCCAGAGACUAUAACAGUCACGCAGGUUAAAACUGAAACAGGCGAUAUUAAAAAAGUCAAAACAACGAAACGGGUAAUCAAGAAGAAAAAAGAAACGAAAGAAGAAGUUACAGAAAUAAGUACAGUAGAGAAGGACGGAGAAGCCCCAAUUACAACUUUCACUGUAACAGAGGAAGAAAUCCCUGAAGAUAUCAAGCCGGUCGAAAUAGUCGAGCUACCGGAAGAAUCGACGGUUGAAGACAUCAAAUCUCCAGACGGUGAGACAAAACGCAAAAUCACUACUAAGCACACUAUCAAAAAGAAGGUAGGUCCGAAGGUAGAAACCACAGUUCUCACCACAAAAACGCACGACAACCAACAACCAAACGUCACAGUACAGACUAGUGAAACUAUAUCUGAUGAAGACACAACAGACUUCACACGAAACAUAGAACCUCAAAAGGCUACAAAAAUCGAAGAAACUCCAGAGUCAGUCACGGUCACGCAAGUUAAAACUGAAACAGGCGAUGUUAAAAAGGUCAAAACAACGAAACGAGUAAUCAAAAAGAAGCAAGGACCGAAGGAAGAAGUAACAGAAAUAACGACAGUAGAAAAAGACGGCGAAGCCCCGAUUACUACAUUCACUGUAACUGAGGAAGAAAUCCCUGAAGAGAUCAAGCCGGUCGACAUAGUCGAGCUGCCGGAAGAAUCAACGGUUGAAGAUAUCCAAUCUCCUGAUGGUAAGACAAAACGCAAAAUCACUACUAAGCGCACUAUCAAAAAAAAGGUAGGUCCGAAGGUAGAAACCACAGUACUCACCACAGAAACGCACGAUGACCAACAACCAAUCGUCACAGUACACACUACUGAAACUAUAUCUGAUGAAGACACAACUGACUUUAAACACACAAUCGAACCUCAAAAGGCUACAACAAUCGAAGAAACUCCUGAAACUGUAACCGUCACGCAAGUUAAAACUGAAACAGGCGAUGUCAAAAAGGUCAAAACAACGAAACGGGUAAUCAAGAAGAAGCAAGGACCGAAGGAAGAAGUAACAGAAAUAACGACAGUAGAAAAAGACGGCGAAGCCCCGAUUACUACAUUCACUGUAACUGAGGAAGAAAUCCCUGAAAAGAUCAAGCCGGUCGAAAUAGUCGAGCUGCCAGAAGAAUCGACGGUUGAAGAUAUCCAAUCUCCUGACGGUAAGACUAAACGCAAAGUCACUACAAAACGCACUAUCAAAAAGAAGGUAGGGCCGAAGGUAGAAACCACAGUACUCACCACAGAAAUGCAUGAUGACCAACAACCAAUCGUCACAGUACACACAACUGAAACUGUAUCUGAUGAAGACACAACUGACUUUAAACACACAAUCGAACCUCAAAAGGCUACAACAAUCGAAGAAGCUCCUGAAACUGUAACCGUCACGCAAGUUAAAACUGAAACAGGCGAUAUUAAAAAGGUCAAAACAACGAAACGGGUAAUCAAGAAGAAGCAAGGACCGAAGGAAGAAGUAACAGAAAUAACGACAGUAGAAAAAGACGGCGAAGCCCCGAUCACUACAUUCACUGUAACUGAGGAAGAAAUAUCUGAUGAGAUCAAGCCGGUCCAAAUAGUCGAGCUACCGGAAGAAUCAACGGUUGAAGAUAUCCAAUCUCCUGAUGGUAAGACAAAACGCAAAAUCACUACCAAGCGCACUAUCAAAAAGAAGGUAGGGCCGAAGGUAGAAACCACAGUACUCACCACAGAAACGCACGAUGACCAGCAACCAAUCGUCACAGUACACACAACUGAAACUGUAUCUGAUGAAGACACAACUGACUUUAAACACACAAUCGAACCUCAAAAGGCUUCAACAAUCGAAGAAGCUCCUGAAACUGUAACCGUCACGCAAGUUAAAACUGAAACAGGCGAUGUCAAAAAGGUCAAAACAACGAAACGGGUUAUCAAGAAGAAGCAAGGACCGAAAGCGGAAAUUACAGAAAUAACAACAGUAGAAAAGGACGGCGAAGCCCCGAUGAAAACUUUCUCUGUAACUGAGGAAGAUAUCCCUGAAGAGAUCAAGCCGGUCGAAAUAGUCGAAUUGCCAGAAGAAUCGACGGUUGAAGAUAUCCAAUCUCCUGACGGUAAGACUAAACGCAAAGUCACUACAAAACGCACUAUCAAAAGGAAGGUAGGGCCGAAGGUAGAAACCACAGUACUCACCACAGAAACGCACGAUGACCAACAACCAAUCAUCACAGUACAUACCACUGAAACAGAAUAUGAUGAAAACACAACAGACUUCACACAAAACAUCGAACCUCAAAAGGCUACAACAAUCGAAGAAGCUCCAGAAUCUGUCACGGUCACGCAAGUAAAAACUGAAACAGGCGAUGUUAAAAAGGUCAAAACAACAAAACGGGUAAUCAAGAAGAAACAAGGACCGAAAGCAGAAGUUACAGAAAUAACAACAGUAGAAAAGGACGGGGAAGCCCCUAUUACGACAUUCACUGUAUCUGAGGAAGAAAUCCCUGAAGACAUCAAGCCGGUCGAAAUAGUCGAGCUGCCGGAAGAAACGACGGUUGAAGUCAUCAAAUCUCCAGACGGUAAGACGAAACGCAAAAUCACUACUAAGCGCACUAUCAAAAAGAAGGUAGGUCCGAAGGUAGAAACCACAGUACUCACCACAGAAACACACGAUGACCAACAACCAAUAGUCACAGUACACACAACUGAAACUGUAUCUGAUGAAGACACAACUGACUUUAAACACACAAUCGAACCUCAAAAGGCUACAAUAAUCGAAGAAGCUCCUGAAACUGUAACCGUCACGCAAGUUAAAACUGAAACAGGCGAUGUUAAAAAGGUGAAAACAACAAAACGGGUAAUCAAGAAGAAGCAAGGAUCGAAGGAAGAAGUAACAGAAAUAACCACAGUAAAAAAAGACGGCGAAGCCCCGAUAACUACAUUCACUGUAACUGAGGAAGAAAUCCCUGAAGAGAUCAAGCCGGUCGAAAUAGUCGAGCUGCCGGAAGAAUCGACGGUUGAAGACAUCAAAUCUCCAGACGGUAAGACGAAACGCAGAAACACUACUAAGCGCGCUAUCAUAAAGAAGGUAGGUCCGAAGGUAGAAACCACAGUACUCACCACAGAAACACACGAUGACCAACAACCAAUCGUCACAGUACACACAACUGAAACUGUAUCUGAUGAAGACACAACUGACUUUAAACACACAAUCGAACCUCAAAAGGGUAAAACAAUCGAAGAAGCUCCUGAAACUGUAACCGUCACGCAAGUUAAAACUGAAACAGGCGAUAUUAAAAAGGUCAAAACUACGAAACGGGUAAUCAAGAAGAAGCAAGGACCGAAGGAAGAAGUAACAGAAAUAACGACAGUAGAAAAGGACGGCGAAGCCCCGAUAACUACAUUCACUGUAACCGAGGAAGAAACACCUGAAGAUAUCAAGCCGAUCGAAAUAGUCGAGCUCCCAGAAGAAUCGACGGUUGAAGACAUAAAAUCUCCAGACGGUAAGACGAAACGCAAAAUCACUACUAAGCGCACUAUCAAAAAGAAGGUAGGUCCAAAGGUAGAAACCACAGUACUCACCACAGAAACACACGAUGACCAACAACCAAUCGUCACAGUACACACAACUGAAACUGUAUCUGAUGAAGACACAACUGACUUUAAACACACAAUCGAACCUCAAAAGGCUACAACAAUCGAAGAAGCUCCUGAAACUGUAACCGUCACGCAAGUUAAAACUGAAACAGGCGAUGUUAAAAAGGUCAAAACAACGAAACGGGUAAUCAAGAAGAAACAAGGACCGAAAGAGGAAGUAACAGAAAUAACAACAGUAGAAAAGGACGGGGAAGCACCAAUUACUACAUUCACUGUAACUGAGGAAGAUAUCCCCGAAGAGAUCAAGCCGGUUGAAAUUGUCGAGCUGCCGGAAGAAAAGACGGUUGAAGACAUCAAAUCUCCAGACGGUAAGACGAAACGCAAAAUCACUACUAAGCGCACUAUCAAAAAGAAGGUAGGUCCGAAGGUAGAAACCACAGUACUCACCACAGAAACACACGAUGACCAACAACCAAUCGUCACAGUACACACAACUGAAACUGUAUCUGAUGAAGACACAACUGACUUUAAACACACAAUCGAACCUCAAAAGGCUACAAUAAUCGAAGAAGCUCCUGAAACUGUCACCGUCACGCAAGUUAAAACUGAAACAGGCGAUGUUAAAAAGGUCAAAACAACGAAACGGUUAAUCAGGAAGAAGCAAGGACCGAAGGAAGAAGUAACAGAAAUAACCACAGUAGAAAAAGACGGCGAAGCCCCAAUUACUACAUUCACUGUAACUGAGGAGGAAAUCCCUGAAGAGGUCACGCCGGUCGAAAUAGUCGAGCUGCCGGAAGAAUCGACGGUUGAAGACAUUAAAUCUCCAGACGGUAAGACGAAACGAAAAAUCACUACUAAGCGCACUAUCAAAAAGAAGGUAGGUCCAAAGGUAGAAACCACAGUACUCACCACAGAAACACGCGAUGACCAACAACCAAUCGUCACAGUACACACCACUGAAACAGAAUAUGAUGAAAACACAACAGACUUCACACAAAACAUCGAACCUCGAAAGGCUACAAUCGAAGAAGCUCCAGAAUCUGUCACGGUCACGCAAGUUAAAACUGAAACAGGCGAUGUUAAAAAAGUCAAAACAACGAAACGGGUAAUCAAGAAGAAACAAGGACCGAAAGAGGAAGUAACAGAAAUAACGACAGUAGAAAAGGACGGCGAAGCCCCGAUAACUACAUUCACUGUAACCGAGGAAGAAACACCUGAAGAUAUCAAGCCGGUCGAAAUAGUCGAGCUCCCAGAAGAAUCGACGGUUGAAGACAUAAAAUCUCCAGACGGUAAGACGAAACGCAAAAUCACUACUAAGCGCACUAUCAAAAAGAAGGUAGGUCCAAAGGUAGAAACCACAGUACUCACCACAGAAACACACGAUGACCAACAACCAAUCGUCACAGUACACACAACUGAAACUGUAUCUGAUGAAGACACAACUGACUUUAAACACACAAUCGAACCUCAAAAGGCUACAACAAUCGAAGAAGCUCCUGAAACUGUAACCGUCACGCAAGUUAAAACUGAAACAGGCGAUGUUAAAAAGGUCAAAACAACGAAACGGGUAAUCAAGAAGAAACAAGGACCGAAAGAGGAAGUAACAGAAAUAACAACAGUAGAAAAGGACGGGGAAGCCCCAAUUACUACAUUCACUGUAACUGAGGAAGAUAUCCCCGAAGAGAUCAAGCCGGUUGAAAUUGUCGAGCUGCCGGAAGAAAAGACGGUUGAAGACAUCAAAUCUCCAGACGGUAAGACGAAACGCAAAAUCACUACUAAGCGCACUAUCAAAAAGAAGGUAGGUCCGAAGGUAGAAACCACAGUACUCACCACAGAAACACACGAUGACCAACAACCAAUCGUCACAGUACACACAACUGAAACUGUAUCUGAUGAAGACACAACUGACUUUAAACACACAAUCGAACCUCAAAAGGCUACAAUAAUCGAAGAAGCUCCUGAAACUGUCACCGUCACGCAAGUUAAAACUGAAACAGGCGAUGUUAAAAAGGUCAAAACAACGAAACGGUUAAUCAGGAAGAAGCAAGGACCGAAGGAAGAAGUAACAGAAAUAACCACAGUAGAAAAAGACGGCGAAGCCCCAAUUACUACAUUCACUGUAACUGAGGAGGAAAUCCCUGAAGAGGUCACGCCGGUCAAAAUAGUCGAGCUGCCGGAAGAAUCGACGGUUGAAGACAUUAAAUCUCCAGACGGUAAGACGAAACGAAAAAUCACUACUAAGCGCACUAUCAAAAAGAAGGUAGGUCCAAAGGUAGAAACCACAGUACUCACCACAGAAACACGCGAUGACCAACAACCAAUCGUCACAGUACACACCACUGAAACAGAAUAUGAUGAAAACACAACAGACUUCACACAAAACAUCGAACCUCAAAAGGCUACAAUCGAAGAAGCUCCAGAAUCUGUCACGGUCACGCAAGUUAAAACUGAAACAGGCGAUGUAAAAAAAGUCAAAACAACGAAACGGGUAAUCAAGAAGAAACAAGGACCGAAAGAGGAAGUAACAGAAAUAACGACAGUAGAAAAGGACGGCGAAGCCCCGAUAACUACAUUCACUGUAACCGAGGAAGAAACACCUGAAGAUAUCAAGCCGGUCGAAAUAGUCGAGCUCCCAGAAGAAUCGACGGUUGAAGACAUUAAAUCUCCAGACGGUAAGACGAAACGCAAAAUCACUACUAAGCGCACUAUCAAAAAGAAGGUAGGUCCAAAGGUAGAAACCACAGUACUCACCACAGAAACACACGAUGACCAACAACCAAUCGUCACAGUACACACAACUGAAACUGUAUCUGAUGAAGACACAACUGACUUUAAACACACAAUCGAACCUCAAAAGGCUACAACAAUCGAAGAAGCUCCUGAAACUGUAACCGUCACGCAAGUUAAAACUGAAACAGGCGAUGUUAAAAAGGUCAAAACAACGAAACGGGUAAUCAAGAAGAAACAAGGACCGAAAGAGGAAGUAACAGAAAUAACAACAGUAGAAAAGGACGGGGAAGCCCCAAUUACUACAUUCACUGUAACUGAGAAAGAAAUCCCUGAAGAGAUCAAGUCGGUAGAAACCACAGUACUCACCACAGAAACACACGAUGACCAACAACCAAUCGUCACAGUACACACCACUGAAACAGAAUAUGAUGAAAACACAACAGACUUCACACAAAACAUCGAACCUCAAAAGGCUACAACAAUCGAAGAAUCUCCAGAAUCUGUCACGGUCACGCAAGUAAAAACUGAAACAGGCGAUGUUAAAAAGGUCAAAACUACGAAACGGGUAAUCAAGAAGAAGCAAGGACCGAAGGAAGAAGUAACAGAAAUAACGACAGUAGAAAAGGACGGCGAAGCCCCGAUAACUACAUUCACUGUAACCGAGGAAGAAACACCUGAAGAUAUCAAGCCGGUCGAAAUAGUCGAGCUCCCAGAAGAAUCGACGGUUGAAGACAUUAAAUCUCCAGACGGUAAGACGAAACGCAAAAUCACUACUAAGCGCACUAUCAAAAAGAAGGUAGGUCCAAAGGUAGAAACCACAGUACUCACCACAGAAACACACGAUGACCAACAACCAAUCAUCACAGUACACACCACUGAAACAGAAUAUGAUGAAAACACCACUGACUUUACACAAACAAUCGAACCUCAAAAGGCUACAACAAUCGAAGAAGCUCCAAAAUCUGUCACGGUCACGCAAGUUAAAACUGAAACAGGCGAUGUUAAAAAGGUCAAAACAACGAAACGGGUAAUCAAGAAGAAACAAGGACCGAAAAAGGAAGUUACAGAAAUAACAACAGUAGAAAAGGACGGGGAAGCCCCGAUUACUACAUUCACUGUAACUGAGGAAGAAAUCCCUGAAAAGAUCAAGCCGGUCGAAAUAGUCGAGCUGCCGGAAGAAUCUACGGUUGAAGAUAUCAAAUCUCCAGACGGUAAGACUAAACACAAAAUCACUACUAAGCGCACUAUCAAAAAGAAAGUAGGUCCGAAGGUAGAAACCACAGUACUCACCACAGAAACACACGAUGACCAACAACCAAUCGUCACAGUACACACCACUGAAACAGAAUAUGAUGAAAACACAACAGACUUCACACAAAACAUCGAACCUCAAAAGGCUACAACAAUUGAAGAAGCUCCAGAAUCUGUCACGGUCACGCAAGUUAAAACUGAAACAGGCGAUGUUAAAAAGGUCAAAACAACGAAACGGGUAAUCAAGAAGAAACAAGGACCGAAAGAGGAAGUAACAGAAAUAACGACAGUAGAAAAGGACGGCGAAGCCCCGAUAACUACAUUCAAUGUAACCGAGGAAGAAACACCUGAAGAUAUCAAGCCGGUCGAAAUAGUCGAGCUCCCAGAAGAAUCGACGGUUGAAGACAUAAAAUCUCCAGACGGUAAGACGAAACGCAAAAUCACUACUAAGCGCACUAUCAAAAAGAAGGUAGGUCCAAAGGUAGAAACCACAGUACUCACCACAGAAACACACGAUGACCAACAACCAAUCGUCACAGUACACACAACUGAAACUGUAUCUGAUGAAGACACAACUGACUUUAAACACACAAUCGAACCUCAAAAGGCUACAACAAUUGAAGAAGCUCCAGAAUCUGUCACGGUCACGCAAGUUAAAACUGAAACAGGCGAUGUUAAAAAGGUCAAAACAACGAAACGGGUAAUCAAGAAGAAACAAGGACCGAAAGAGGAAGUAACAGAAAUAACAACAGUAGAAAAGGACGGGGAAGCCCCGAUAACUACAUUCACUGUAACCGAGGAAGAAACACCUGAAGAUACCAAGCCGGUCGAAAUAGUCGAGCUCCCAGAAGAAUCGACGGUUGAAGACAUUAAAUCUCCAGACGGUAAGACGAAACGCAAAAUCACUACUAAGCGCACUAUCAAAAAGAAGGUAGGUCCAAAGGUAGAAACCACAGUACUCACCACAGAAACACACGAUGACCAACAACCAAUCGUCACAGUACACACAACUGAAACUGUAUCUGAUGAAGACACAACUGACUUUAAACACACAAUCGAACCUCAAAAGGCUACAACAAUCGAAGAAGCUCAUGAAACUGUAACCGUCACGCAAGUUAAAACUGAAACAGGCGAUGUUAAAAAGGUCAAAACAACGAAACGGGUAAUCAAGAAGAAACAAGGACCGAAAGAGGAAGUAACAGAAAUAACGACAGUAGAAAAGGACGGCGAAGCCCCGAUAACUACAUUCACUGUAACCGAGGAAGAAACACCUGAAGAUAUCAAGCCGGUCGAAAUAGUCGAGCUCCCAGAAGAAUCGACGCUUGAAGACAUCAAAUCUCCAGACGGUAAGCCUAAACACAAAAUCACUACCAAGCGCACUAUCAAAAAGAAGGUAGGUCCGAAGGUAGAAACCACAGUACUCACCACAGAAACACACGAUGACCAACAACCAAUCAUCACUGUACACACAACUGAAACUUUAUCUGAUGAAGACACAACUGACUUUAAACACACAAUCGAACCUCAAAAGGCUACAAUAAUCGAAGAAGCUCCAGAAUCUGUCACGGUCACGCAAGUUAAAACUGAAACAGGCGAUGUUAAAAAGGUCAAAACAACGAAACGAGUAAUCAAGAAGAAACAAGGACCGAAAAAGGAAGUUACAGAAAUAACAACAGUAGAAAAGGACGGGGAAGCCCCCAUUACUACAUUCACUGUAACUGAGGAAGAAAUCCCUGAAAAGAUCAAACCGGUCGAAAUAGUCGAGCUGCCGGAAGAAUCUACGGUUGAAGAUAUCAAAUCUCCAGACGGUAAGACUAAACACAAAAUCACUACUAAGCGCACUAUCAAAAAGAAAGUAGGUCCGAAGGUAGAAACCACAGUACUCACCACAGAAACACACGAUGACCAACAACCAAUCGUCACAGUACACACCACUGAAACAGAAUAUGAUGAAAACACAACAUACUUCACACAAAACAUCGAACCUCAAAAGGCUACAACAAUUGAAGAAGCUCCAGAAUCUGUCACGGUCACGCAAGUUAAAACUGAAACAGGCGAUGUUAAAAAGGUCAAAACAACGAAACGGGUAAUCAAGAAGAAACAAGGACCAAAAGAGGAAGUAACAGAAAUAACGACAGUAGAAAAGGACGGCGAAGCCCCGAUAACUACAUUCACUGUAACCGAGGAAGAAACACCUGAAGAUAUCAAGCCGGUCGAAAUAGUCGAGCUCCCAGAAGAAUCGACGAUUGAAGACAUCAAAUCUCCAGACGGUAAGACUAAACACAAAAUCACUACUAAGCGCACUAUCAAAAAGAAGGUAGGUCCGAAGGUAGAAACCACAGUACUCACCACAGAAACACACGAUGACCAACAACCAAUCAUCACUGUACACACCACUGAAACAGAAUAUGAUGAAAACACCACUGACUUUACACAAACAAUCGAACCUCAAAAAGCUACAACAAUCGAAGAAGCUCCUGAAACUGUAACCGUCACGCAAGUUAAAACUGAAACAGGCGAUGUUAAAAAGGUCAAAACAACGAAAAGGGUAAUCAAGAAGAAACAAGGACCGAAAGAGGAAGUAACAGAAAUAACGACAGUAGAAAAGGACGGCGAAGCCCCGAUAACUACAUUCACUGUAACCGAGGAAGAAACACCUGAAGAUAUCAAGCCGGUCGAAAUAGUCGAGCUCCCAGAAGAAUCGACGGUUGAAGACAUUAAAUCUCCAGACGAAACCCCUGAAAAUAUCAAGCUCGUCGAAAUAAAAGUAGCCUUGAGAGAAAAACAGAAGCCCAGAAAAGAAGAUUCGACAGAACCAUCACCUGUGCUUCCGGAAAAACCAGCAAAAGCAAAACUUGUUCCUAUGAAAAUAGAACAACAAAAAAUGGUUAUUACCAAAGCACAACAUGCAGAACAAGUAGAAGGGCCACAGUUUAUUAAAUUGAAACUUAAGAAACCAAGCCUAAAACCCAAACAAGAGUCAGUAUCGGUUACACUCCCUAAGUUUCAGCUCAAAAGCCGUAUUAAAUAUAUUUCCGACUGGCCACCAAACGUCAACACGCCAAUUGUGUCAUUUUUGGGUAGCGUAAGACAAAAUGGCAUUUUGUCUCGAAAUGUUAAAGAAGCAGCAAAAAUUAAAAAGAAACAGUAUAAAGAACCAAUACUUAGCGAAAUUGAAAAGGUUGAACUUGAAACACCUUUGUUUGGACAUGAUGAUAUUGUACUUUCAUUAAAAGAAAGCUCCGAGGUAGGAAAACAAAAUCAAGAAUCGAUAGUGCAAAAUGAAGAUGAAGACUUACCUGGACAGUUUACCGUAAAACCCAGACGCCCCAGUGUAAAAGUAACUGAAGAAAUUGUUGACGAAGUAACACUUAAAAAGAAACUUAAGCCGGUGCGAAAGUCGUCAGUUACUUUACCUGAAAUUACUGAACCCGAAAACGUAACCUUUAGACCAAAAAGUACUAAAACUAAGGAAGAUGUAGAGCAAGAGUUUAACAUACAAUUAGAUUCAUAUGCUGAGGAAGAAAUUUCAAUGUCAAGCAAAGUUAAAUUGAAACCACAUAGGCAACCGACAUUCAACGAAGAAGCAGACGAAACUUCUAUUAAAUUUUAUGAAGAAACAGAAGGCCCAGAUGUUGUGGAAGUAAUCGAAAGUGAUAUCGAAGAGGGUGAAGAAACAGAAAAUGUUAUGUUAUCUUUAAAUAAAAAACCUAAAAAAAUAUCUAAAACUAAACAGAAAGAAAUAACAUCGAAUGUUACAGUUUCAAAACCCAAAAGUAUUCAAGCUCCUUCAGAAAUCUCUGAGGAUGUAAGUUUUAAAUUACAGCCUAAGUCAGAAUAUCAUAUAGAUGAUCAAGAAGAAGUAAGUUUUGAUGUAAAAUCACAAAUUGAUCAAUUCACAACGGAAGAAUUGUCACUUUCAAGCAAGAUUAAAUUAAAAGCUAAACGCAAAGUAUUAUUUGGUGAAGCUGCUGAUGAAACAUCUAUACAAAUAAGACAAGAAAUAGAAGACGACAGUCAAGCAGAAGAAAUAUUUUUGAGUGAAGAUGAGUCUGAAGAUAAAGUAGAAAUGGUAAUUAAAAGAAAACCUAAAAAACCAACCUAUGAAGUAAGUGAAAUCGAAGAAUUAAGUGUCGAGCUUAAACCAAAGAGAAUAAACGAAAACGCUUAUGAAGAAGAACAUAUCACAAUUUUAUCUAAACGUAAACCAAAGAAACCUUCUCUACAAGAAGCUGACGUUACAAUGAGCAUAUCGCGGGAACAAGACUUUCCAGACACACCUCUGGACGUCAGAAGCGGUGACACGGUGUUUGCCGUCUAUUCCUACGUCGCGGAGACGGAUGAGGCCAUCAAUCUUGUAGAGGGUGAACGACUCUACAUACUCGAAACUACGAACCAGGACUGGUGGUUUGUGCGUAAACAUUUGACGGAGGAGAAGGGUUGGGUGCCUGCGCAAUAUUUAAUGGAUGAAGCAAAUUACACACUUUACGUACAGAAGAAACUAAAUGAAAAAAUCGAUAAACUUCCUGUAUUUGAAAAGCCAACAUCUGAGGAACAGGCAGUGGCGCCAAUAUUCACAGAGAAACUUCGUCCAAAACAUACCCCUGAUGGUGCAACCGUCCAAUUUGAGUGUCAAGUGGAAGGCCACCCGAGACCGCAGAUUACUUGGUUCAGGCAAACAGCAAUAAUCAAGCCUUCUCAAGACUUCCAAAUGUACUAUGAUGAUGACAAUGUAGCAACAUUGGUCAUUCGGGAAGUAUUCCCUGAAGACGCUGGUACUUUCACAUGCGUUGCUAAGAAUGCUGCUGGGUUUGCUUCUAGCACCACUGAACUUAUUGUAGAAGCUCCAUUGUCAGACCAUGGUUCUGAAAUGACAGUCCUAUCAAGAAAAAGCCUUUCAAGGGAAUCGUCGCUGGCUGAUAUAUUGGAGGGCAUUCCACCCACCUUCUCUAAAAAACCGAAAGCACAAUAUGUAGAUGAAGGUUCCCAAAUAUUUUUGGAAUGCAGACUGGUUGCUAUUCCAGAGCCUGACAUUGUUUGGUUCUUCAAGGGAGAGGAAAUAACACCGGAUGAAAACAUUUCUGUUUGCACAGAAUCUGACAUGCACAUGUAUUGUAGUGUACUCAAGAUAUCAAAUGUUAAGAAGUUGCAGGAAGGCACCUAUACUGUAAUGGCUGUAAACCGUGAGGGUGAAGCUAGUUUACCUAUUGUGUUGAAGAUAAGAACAGGUCAAAAAGAAAAACCUCAAGUAAUAGAACCUUUGAAGAGCAUGAGCAUAAGAGAAGGGGAGAGUAUUGUGCUUUCAGCGCAAGUUGUAGGAAAUCCAGAACCAACUGUCUCGUGGUACAAAAAUAAUAAACCCACAAAACUUGUGACUAAAUCAGUUGGUGACAUGCACACAGUUACCAUUAUAAAUCCAAAGAAAGGAAAAGAUGACGGUGUUUACACUCUUAAAGCUGUCAAUUCUGAAGGUUCUGCUGAAACCAGUGCAGUUAUUACAAUAGAAGAAUCGACGGAGGAGAACGCGGAACCGCCUCUAUUUGUCAACCGAUUCCAAGAAAUCACCGUAAAAGAAAAUGAGACUAUAAAGCUAUUGGCUAAAGUUAAUGGUAAUCCUAUACCAAUUAUUACCUGGUAUAGAAACAAUCAAAUCAUUACACCUUCAGAUACAAUUACACAAAACUUUGAUGGAGAAAACAUCGAAUUAAUUAUAACAAAUGUAGACUCAGAAAUUGAUUCCGGUACUUAUAAAUGUGUAGCAUCAAACAGCGCUGGAAAGUCUUCUCAUGGCGCCAAAGUAACUAUAGAUGUAGAUAAAGUAACUUUCAUUAAAAAUCUAAGUAAGUCUUAUGAGACUGAGGAAGGCCAAACCAUAGUUCUCGAGUGUCAUACAUCACAUACCGUGUCUACAAAAUGGUACCUUAAUAAUAACGAGUUGAGUGGCAUGGACCACCGAGAAAUUAUUCAAGAAGGUCGGGUGCACAAACUUAGGAUAAAGAAAACUAAAAUAACUGAUUCAGGCACUAUCAAAUGUGUCGUUAAAGAUCAAGAAACAAAAUCUAAACUGACGGUACAUGAAACAGUGCCAGAGUUUACUCGCCGCCUACAAGACUUUGAAGUAAAAGAGAAAGAUAUUGCCAUACUAGAAGUGGAAAUCAAUUCAGAAACAGCUGAUGUUUCUUGGAAAAAAGACGGUGAGGAAAUUAAAACAAAGAAAAAUAAAUAUGAAUUAGAAAAGAGAGGUAACUUGAGAAAACUUCUUAUCAGAAACACGUCCGUUCAUGAUGAAGGUGAAUAUACCUGCAUUCUUCGAGAUGAUUCAUGCACAGCUGAAGUUACUGUAGUUGAACUACCCCCUGAAAUAAUAUCCCGUUUACAAGAUCAAAAAGUAUGCAAAGGUAACAAAGCUACUUUCGAAAUUGAGCUUACUAAAGGGGAUGCUUUGGUGAUUUGGUUUAAAGAUGGAAAAGAAAUUCAAUUCUCCAAUCACAUGCAACUAACAAUUGAUGGGAAGAAACAAAAAUUAAAGAUUUACGAUGCUGACGUUUCCGACGCUGGGGAAUACACAUGUGAGGUGGGUAGCGACAAGUGUAAAGCAAGACUAACUGUUGAAGAACCAUCUAUUUCCUUCACAAUGCGGCUGCCGGAAGUAACAGUAGUCCCAGCAAACACAGAUGCUUACUUGACCGUGGAAAUACCAGAUGAGACACUUGACGUCACUUGGUACAAGAAAAAAACAGUUAUCAGCGAUACAGAAAAGUUUACGCUCAUAUCAGACGUUACAAAACGAACACUCAUAAUAAGGAAAUGCACAGAAGAUGAUCAAAGCGAGUAUUCGUGUACACUUCUGGAUGCAAAGUGCUCAACUAAACUAAAAGUAGAAGUUGUGGAAUCACCGCCUAAGAUCUUAACGUACGAAAAGGAAUAUCGUGUUAAACGAGGUGGUGACGUUAGCAUUAAUGUUUUAUACGACGCUAUUCCUCAACCUUCCGACGAAUGGAUUGUAAACUCUAAAAUUAUUAAGAAGUCAAAACAUAUGAAACCAUCCAUUGACUCUGAAUCAGCCAGUCUUACGAUAAAGAAAGCGGAACCAUCUGAUGCCGGAACGUAUAAAUUAAAACUAGUCAAUAACUGUGGUGAAGCUGAAAUCGAAAUAAAUGUUAUAAUAACAGAUGUACCAUCUCCACCUGGAAAACCAAAUGUCCUCGAGACUGAUGACACAUCAAUCAAUAUUUAUUGGUCAGAGCCAGAAAACAACAACUAUUCCGAAAUAAUAUACUACAUUGUUGAAUACCAAGAAAUUAAUACAACAGAAUGGACAUCAAUAGAGAACGUUGUAAAAACACAACAUUGUGUAGAGAACCUUAAAACUAAAUCAUCAUAUAGAUUUAGGAUAUUUGCCGUCAAUGAUGUUGGGGUUAGUGAAUCUUCGGAAGUCACCGAGUACAUUAUUGUGCAGAAAACCACGGCAGCGAUACCACCAUCGGUAGAGAAGCCACUUAAAGACGUAGUUUGUGGUCCUAAAGAAGACGUCGAAUUGACGUGCAUAUUUGGAGGCAUUCCACAGCCUAGUGUUACUUGGAUGAAAGAUAAUAAGAAAUUAAAAACUGCAAAGGCCACUUAUGAGAACCGAGUAGCAACACUAAUGGUAACGUCUGCAUCGACCACAAGCUCUGAAGGCGAAUACAAAUGCAUAGCCACUAACGAACAUGGCGAAGUGGAAACGUCCUGCCAAUUGGAAAUACAGCAGAAACCUGUGAUAAGCAUAGCUGAAAAUGAGUUGAACCAAAAACACAGAGUAGGAGAAGAAUGGACUGUCACUGCUACAGUAAUAGGAAUACCUGAUCCUGACAUCACUUGGUACAAGAAUGGAUCUAAGAUAGACAAAUCCAAGGACAUUGAAAUAAUAACAAAGGGCAAUAUCGGUAUAAUCAAGAUAUUGAAAUUGGAACGUUCUCACACUGGAAAGUACACCAUCGAGACGAAGAACAAAGCUGGAGUUUCUUCCAUGGACGUGUCUCUUCGCGUGUUCGACAAGCCAAGUCGGCCGGAGGGUCCCGUGGUGAUGCGUGAGAUGAGCCGGGAGUCAGUGACGAUCGAGUGGAAGCCACCGAUAGAUGACGGCGGUCUGGAACUCACUAAGUACGCCAUCGAGAAACACGAGCCCGCAUCAGACGAAUGGGUCAAAGUAGCUGACGUGGACAAGGACGUCGACUCGUACUGUAUACAGCGGCUAAACGAAAACUCCGAGUACAUGUUCCGAGUGAUGGCCCAAAACCCCAUCGGCUAUUCUGACGCGCUCGAGAGUGAUCCGAUCGUUAUCAAAGUAUCUUUAGACGUUCCAUCACCACCUUUGGGUCCACUGGGUAUUUACGGAAUCAACAAGACCUCUCUAACCAUCAGUUGGCACACUCCGGAGCGCAACGGUGGCUCCCCGAUUCUGGACUAUAGUGUAGAGAUCCAGGUCGAAGGGGACCAGUGGAAGCAUGUCGCUACUGUCACGGAGACUGUGGCCAAGAUAGAGAAACUGGUCACAGGCGCUAAGUACAUGUUCAGGAUAUACGCCAGAAAUGAAAUCGGUACGAGUAAACCAUACGAAUCUGACGAGAAAAUCACUAUGGGCAAAACAUUGUCUCCUCCGUCGCAGCCACGGCAGCUGACCGUCCGAGGCAUGACCUCCAGGUCCGUCACUCUGCAGUGGCAAGCGCCAGACAGCGAUGGAGGCAGUCCCAUUACAAACUACAUCAUCGAGUACAAAACAGUGAAAGCCAAGUCUUGGACGAAGAUCAUCACGGUGAGCGGCAGCGUGCUCGAGCACUGCGCGGAGAACAUCAAGGAGAAGGAGGAGCUGGUGUUCAGGGUGUCUGCGGAGAACGCCGUGGGCGUCGGCCCGCCGGCGCAGUCCGAGGUGCUGCGGCUGCAGAAACAUGCCACGGUACCAUCGGCGCCGACCGGCCCUCUAGAGGUGCGCGGCGGCGGCGGCAGCGUGGCCCCGACGGCCUGGGGCAUCCCCGAGUGGGACGGCGGCGCGCCUCUGCUCGGCUACCACGUAGCCAUCCGUGACGUCACCAAGACCAUGUGGAUGGAGGUCGGGAAAGUCGACGCUUCCACGCUCAAGUUCAACAUCCGCGACCUGAGCGAGGGCCACACGUAUAUGAUACGCGUGUACGCGCGCAACGAGAUCGGCAUGAGCGAGCCGCUGGAGUCGGCGGAGCCCUUCCAAGUGCUGCCUGGAGAAGAUGGCGCGUUGCGGGCGGCAGACGAGGACGUGGGCGAGGUGACGGAGGGCACGGAGCCCUCGUUCAGCACGCAGACCAGCACGUCCUGGCUGCGCGACCACCACAUGGACGCCGACAUCCGCUCCUACGCCCGAGGAUCCCUACUGCGCCGCGACGAGUACUUCUUCCGCAUCUGGCACUACGCCAAACAGCUGUUCAAGUGAACCCACUGUGAUAAUCAUGAUUGUUAGCUACAUAGCGACCACUAACCGGUUGGCGGAUAUGUUAGCUCCCUAGUUUGGGAUUAUUUAUUUUUUCUUAAUUUUUUUGAAUCUAUUUAUUUAUAAAUAUGAGAUUUUUACAUCUGACAUGUACAGUUUUAAAUACUUAUUUAAAUACCUAUUUAUUGUAAUUAGAGAAGAUUAAUUUAUGAACUUAUUUAUUUGCAUAUAAAUUAUAAUAUUUUGUAAUUAUUUUGAUAGUAUCUGGUGAGUACCUGAAACUUUGGGUUUCAUCCAAUAGGAGAAAGGGAGACGAUCAAAUAUAGGUGCAAACGAUAAAUUGGAUGAAGCUUAAAGUUAAGUUCUCUUGUAUCAAAAUAAAUGUUUCAGUUAACUGCUA